CUAAGUACACCUCAAAUCACGCGCGUCGCUCUAACCUAUUGGCUAAAUGCCAGGAUGUAAAGUUUACUCACAACCUGUUGUCAGUAGCGUUGUAUUAAAUUCAUCCUCUCCACGCCACGCUAGUUUGGCUAGUUUGGAGAGAUAAAGAGACAUUUGCUACGUACGUUGACAUUUGUUCAUGGCUCAUGCCUUUAAAAUCUUCUGGUACCAUUAGCAAACUGCAUCACUCUGGCUUCAAGCGGUGAUUCGGGAAUUUUGAAGAGGACAAGCAUUAAAAUUCAAGUAUCAGGAACAAAAAUGCCGAGCGUCACACAUCCACUGCAAGCGGCUUCCUUAUCCGGCCAUGAUGCGUUUGUAGAAGGAGUGGAAUUCAGUAGUAACGGGAAAUAUAUUAUAUCAACUUCAGCAGGUGGGAAACGAAAAUAAGUAUUUUUAUUUGUAUUUUAAUGUUCUUGUAUUUACAUCAUAGAUAAUUUCUGUCCAAAAAAGUCCUUUACAACAUUUUGAAACCCCCAAAAAAAUCAUCCGUAUUUCUUUGCCGUAAAACGUUUCGCGCUUCUUCACGCGCGAAACGCGCGAAGAUGAGAGCGAGGCUGUUGUUAAAUCAAAGAUGGCGGCCGUGGAAGUCGCUUCACUGGCGACGAUCGCAGUAACCUGUGUAAUAGCUGCUGUAUUGUUAGCGGUUGUGUUUUAUAUUGGGUUUAAGAGUCAACGGCAAAGUGAACAGAAUACUGAGAUAAAUCAAGGCGAACUGGAGUUAAAGCCAGAGGAAAACGGCCAAAGGAAAGACAAAACAAAACAAAGUGGCAAAGGGAAAAAGGGUGUUCUUCAGUUGAAAAGCCACCGUAGACAAUAUGCUGUACUUAAAGGACACACAGAACACAUCUUUGAUUUGGAGUUUAGUUUAAAUGGAAAGUACCUGGCUUCAACCUCACAAGGUCCUCACCAAAUUUAAUUAUCAGCUGAUAUAGUAAUUAUAUGCACGAGACACGUGCGCGCACAAUUAAGCUUACUGUAGCCAUCAUUAUUAUCUUGGGCUUUAUCUACAAAACGCACCUCAGUAGCUGUAAACAAUUUAUUAUUUAUUAGCCAUUUUGCUUUACUUUCUUAUUAAGUUUUUACGGUUUCUUUGAUUUGUUUUACUGUUUAGUGAAAUGGAAACGUUUCAGGGGAAGGGGAAAUUAUGCUCAUAUAUAUUUCGAGAUAGAGAAGCUCAAUUUCAACUCUAAUCUUUUUCGCGGAAUCAGUCUCCUUGUAAAAUGCACUUUUCUAAAUCUGACGAAGGAAAUUUAAGCCUAUCUCAUUUAACCCAUUUUGCUUUAAAAGUUCAACACUGGCAAAGUUCACAGAGCAAGUUGGAGUGAAAUAUACCUUGAUUAGUAAACAUCUAGUCAAUUUUAAGCUGAGAGAAAGUGGAUAACAAAGGUGCAAUAAAUUGACACGUCAUAUGUGUGGGAAGAAACUGCGUGUACAGGCCCAGUCUUGGAAAGUUUUUUUCUUCUUCUCUGGGGAUCAUUUAUUAUUGUUUACUUAAUUGACUUAAUCCUUACCAGUUUUUUAAUUUGUCGAACAAGUAAACAAUUUUUGUUAUGUUCUUAACUUUUUUGUGCAAAAAAGCAAAAGAAACUCACUUUAUUUCCAUUUGGCAUAUUUCUCAAUUAAGUAUAAGUUAAAAAUUUUAUUUUCUCUGGAGAAAAAUAAUCGUGUCAUAAAUUUAUGAGAGAUUGUAAUAAGUAAAGUGCUGGUAAUUGAAGAAUCUUUACAAUUAAGAUAAAUCCUUUGUUUUGAUUUAAACAUCAUGACUCCAAGACAUAUGUCUAUUUUCAAUGUUUUUAUAAGUUUGCUGUAUAAAUCUCAAGUACAUUAUCUCUACUUUAAGUGUUGAGGUGCUUGUUUUGAAAUACGUAUCUAUGAAUAUUGUUCUUUUUUAUCCAGUGGAAUUGAAAGCUUUAUCAAAAAUUUAUUACUUCAUGCUAAUUUGAGAAAAUGCAGCUGUUCUGUAGGGGUAAUCUCACUUAUGAAACGGCUUGAUUUAUUCAGCAUUAAUUUGGUCUCGCAAAUAAAAAUAAUUUUUAAAAAUCAAACUACUUCUUGUACCACAAUGAUUUCUUUUAGCGAGAAGAAAUCCAUAUCCUUUAUAUCAAUACUUAUGUCUUUGCCUAAUUGGUGAUUUCACAUGUACAACAUGUAAGACAUGGAAUAGACCAUUUCCAAGUUCCAAAAGAUCUCACUCCCCAGCAUAGCAAGGCUACGUGUAAAACCUUUCUUGUGAAAAUGAGUUUUAUUUGCUUGACAAUAAAAAAUCAACUUCGUAUCAGUAAAUUUCACACUUCCCGUUGCUUUGAAAUUGAGGCUUCGGACAACUUGAAAAUGGCCUUCACACAACACACCAAUUAUUUUAUAAUGCUGACUGCUGUUAGGUUUACUUAAGUCUAAUGUCAAAGAAGUAAAUGCUUUCAAUAUUGAACAAGGCAUUGGCCUAUGCUUUGGUAAUUCGUACCCACUGUUAACUUAAAUCUAUAUUGAGUGGAAUUGUUUUGUUCUUGUAGACAGAACUGUGAGAUUGUGGAGUGUAAAAGAUUUUAAAGAAAAGGAGCACAAGUGAGUUCAAUUGUCUAUAAUUCUUAUUGAUAACUGUACAUCUGUCAUACACAGUCAUAAUGAAUGAAAAAAUUACCAAAAGCUGCAACGGGCUUAUACAGAUUUUCUCUGUAAGAGGUUUUAGUAGGGCUCUUAAAAUGAGGGGCCUAUAUCCAAAGGGGCUUAUAACCAGAAGAGCAAAAGGGUUCUCAAACUCAUUAAUAAUUCAUCAAGUUACCAGCCAAUAAAUUCACAUGAUGUCUAUUUUGGGUCUAUUUUAGUCAGGUGGAUGAGUCUUGAUACCCAAUGAAACACCAGAUGAAAAUACACUGUGUUUUCAAAAGUAGAUUGAGUUUGAUUGUCCGGGUGAACGUAGUCCUGAAUAGGACUGUUGUUGUUGACAGUAACUGACGUUUCGACAACCUGUGCGGUAGUCAUCUUCAAAGUCAAAGUGAGUUGUAUCACGUCAGUUGAUGGUGUUAUACUCUGGUUAUUGAUCUGAUUGGUCAAUUACAUCGCAAUGUUAUUGGUCAUCUGUCAGUUAAGCCGUGAUGUUAUUGGCUAUGAAGACUCGUAAUCGGUAAUUGGUGCGUUUCGAUCCAUCUAUUGUCACAGUUAAACGGUCGUCUAUUGUUAGUCAAAUUGUCAGUUCUCCAGUUGUUCUCUCGUAGUUAGUUUUGCUUGAUCUCGUCAAUAUGUCGUUUGUACGGCGCUGGUAACUGUUGGCUAUGAUUCAGUGGCAUUUGUUCUAAGUUAGUAAACCAGCUUUCUAAAGUAAGACGUUGAUAGUAGUCUGUAGAAUACGUUAAACAUGUCGCAGAGUCCCAGUCAAUUUGAUGUUUCGUCUUUAAAUGGUCCUCAGCAAUGUGAUUGUUAACAUCACCAUUCCUCGUCGCUUGUUUGAGUUCGGUCAGUCGCGUGCUUAGGUUUCUGCCGAUUUCACCAAGAAUGUAAGAAGCCUGGCAGUCGCAGCAUUUGAUCUUGUGUGGUGCUCCCUGUCUGUCCUCCGGUUUGUCUUUGUCCUUGAAAUUAGUAAGCAGUCGCCGUUAAGUGGUUAUCGGUUUGUGUGUGUGCAACAGGUAUAUUGCAAGGUUGUAAUAUAUGUGCAAUAGUUUCAGAGGAGCCUUUGAUGUAUGAUAUAGUUGCUGUCGUAACAGGGCCAGAGUUGGUCUGAGUGUGGGAAUCAGUGUUAUUGUGAGUGUUCCGUCUAACAAAGUCUGUGUUGUAAUUGUUCUUACUAAAAACGUUGUUAAGAUAAUCUGUCUUGUCUUGUAGGCUGUCAGGUGAGUCGCAAACUAGUUGCGCUCGUCUCAUCAGAGUCCCGAUAGUAGUAACCUUGUUAGAGGUCGGGUUGUACGAAGACUUGUCUAGUAAUUGGUUGGUAUGUGUCGGUUUUCUGUAAAUAGUCGUUUUUAGUUUGUUGUUGUCACGAGUGACCAAGCAGUCUAGAAAAGGUAUCUUACCAUUUUCUUCUAUCUCCUUGGUGAACUGUAUGUCCGCGUUCUGUCUACUAAGGUGUUCAUGAAAAUCGUCGAUUCCAUCUUUGCGUAUGGCCGUGAAUGAGUCGUCGACGUAAUGUAACCAAAGAGGUACAGUUCGCGUGUAGGUAGCUAGGGCUUGUUCCUCGAUGUUUUGCAUGACAAUUUCUGCUACAACAACAAAAACUGGAGAGACCAUAGCUGUACCGUGUAACUGUUUGUAGUGUUUGCCGUUGCACUGAAAGUACGUCGAAGUCAAACAGAGGUUGAGUAGGUCCAUAAUGUCGUCUGUAGUUAGUGGUAGUUCAACAGUGGAGUUCUUAUUAGCAUUCUCAGUACAGUCUAGAGCCAGUUGAAGUGGAAUAGUGGUGAACAGCAAUUUCACAUCAAAGGACACUAGUUUGUGGUCGUCCGGUAUCUGUAUUGUCUUAAUGGGGUCAAUAAAGUUCUCAGUAGACUGUAGUUUGUGUCUAGAUUCGUCAGUCAGUGGUUUCAGUACGUUAGUUAAGUAUUUAGACAGUUGGUAGGUUGGGGACCCAUUGGGUUUGUGUAGUUUUGGUAGUCCAUACAGCUUGGGUGGCUGCGGAACACUACACCUCAGUCUGUUGUAGCAUCGAAAGUCGAUCUUGUCGGUUUUUUUUUCAGUGUAAGCAGUUUGUUGUUAAGUUGGUGUUGCAGUGCGGAUGUCGGGUCUCGUUUAAGGACGGUGCCCACUAAUGGGAAGUAUUUUUUCCCAGAUAAUGACUAUGUGAGACAAGUAGAUCAUAUCAGGGGCUAUUGAAAUCCAAAAAGAAAACUGGGGGUAACCUUGCAUUUUUCAGAGAUAACUGGGCUUCAAUGUGGAGAAAAAUGCUGAAUAGGCAUUUUUAAGAAAUAUGAUAAAAAGUUAUUUUUUCCCCAAAUUUCAGAGUGUACACGUGAACUGGCACAAAUGCAAUGAUAAUUUUAACAAGGUUUCAAAAAUCAGCAACAAAUGAUAACAUAGCAAGUGCUCUUUAUACAUCUUUUUUUGAAAUAUCGGCACAACUGGGAAGUUAUCAGCAGUUACUCCUCUCCACGCGUUUGCCUUAAAAAUAGUGUAAGCAACAUGUUCCCCGAACCAAAAAUUGAUAGUUUGCUGAGUAGGCUUAUUACUUUCGUUUGGUAAGAUAAAAAGUAGGGGUUACCACGCGUAUUUAGAAGUUAAAUUGGUUGGUUUCUACCUUAAUUUAAUCGCUUUGGGGGUUAUUUACAAUUUUUCCCAUCCCUUCCCCGGUCAGUUUGCACUAUUGCUUCACUCAAUGCGGAGUAUUCUGGGAUAUCCAAAAUGGCUAACAGUCAGAGAGAACAACAACCCAUGGAAGAGAGCAAAAACAGAAAGUGAAGCAGGACAUUUCAUGGAAUCUAAGGAAAACAGAUUAUACUAUUUCAUUCAACUGGAGCUUCUCCGUCUCAAAAAUUUAACAAAAAUUUUUGGAGAAGAGCAAUUUUCAAGGUAUUAAAGAUUACUUCCAGUGCACAUAGAGUAGUAUGGCGAACUAAAGAUCCAAGGCUGGUGCUGUAAACAAACCACUGUUCUGUUAUAAUGAGUGGAAAAUAGUCGACAGGGACUCUUUAUAGACAGAUACUCCUUCAAUCGUUUGCUUACCUGUACAUGUCCUCAAGAGUUUUUUAACUGUAGAUGUAAAAUGGAUUGUAAACCUUCUAUCGUUUUUUAUCAUUUUACCGGUUACCUCGAUCGAAUAUGUAAGUUAUUAAACUUGCACACAUUCAAUGAGCUUAUAUCUGUGCUUUGCGCUAUCUCUGUCUGGCUUUGCCGCAAGUGUCAUAUGACAUAAAUGAUUUGCAUAGACUCAAGUUCCAUACAUGAGCUCUCUUUUAAAAAAGCUGAAUACUGCGAAAGUAGUUGUACCGAAUGCGUUUAUCUACUGUCAUGUAUAGACUGGGCUAUAAUGAUCAUUAAUUUUAUAUAUUUCGUUUUGAUUUUUUUUCUGUAGCAUUCUCUGUCAUGAUCAUUCACUAGUUUUCGUUCCUAAAUGUUAAUUUUAGACUUAACAGUGUCUAUUAAACCUAAGAAGGUCUUAGAAUGGAAAUACUUUAUUUUACCUUCCAUCUUUAGUUUGUAAACAGCCAAACGGGAGCUAUGUCUAAAUGUCCAGAUUAUGUGUGGCGUGAAAUUGAACCUUGAGAAAUACUAUCUACGCAACAAGCUGCCCAAUGAGUCAGUAAUUUCAAUGCGUAGUAAUGCCAAAAUGCUUAAAUAACAAUGAUAAUAGUAAAAAGCAUAACAAUUUUUUACGAUUUUUUCCACGGAGGAAGCAUUUCCUUUGUGGUCUGCAACCAUUUGUGAAGCUGCGAUCUCAGCAAUCCAAGCAAUCUUGUGAUAGUUUUUUUCUUGUUUGUUCAACAAAUAAAAGCCUCGGACUCUCAAUAAAAGGGACAUCUGUAUGUAAACGAACGCUUUAAAUCUAUCUUCUGGUGAAUAAUUACAUAAAAUCUUACAAAAUUAAAGGAAUAUUCGGGAAAGUAUUUAGAGCCGAUUAGCCAAUAAAAGGCGAAGGACGCAAGUGAAAGGUAAACUUGCAGGUUCUCAAUUAAGUGGAGGACUUGGAGCUAUUUUCCUUCUGAUUUACUGAUCCUUGCCUAUUAAGGGAUUUUUUAAUACCCACGCUCUAAGCGUAACAUCUUGAAGCAAUAACUUUUGAUAUUUCAGAAUUGACUUUUGUUUGACUAUAAAAUAUUCGGUCACAUCGAUCAUACGGCAGAAAUAGCAACAUGCACAUACUUCUUUGGUUUUCAAAGAACUGACUUGUAAGGUAAAUAGAAAUUAUUUUUCAUCUGUUGAAAAACGGCGCAUUUUUUCCACAAGAAAUAACUAGAACCUCCCAGACUUACAGGAGACAAAACCAGUCCGCGUGUCCUGUGUGUUGCACAUUUCUUCUCCGAGGCGCGCAACUACCUUGACAUGCACAGAAAAUGUGGGCAGUAACAAUAGUGGGCACUGUCUUAAGUACUUCGUAGGUCUGUUUAUCGUUAACAAGCGAGUCCAUUUUGUCGUUGUAGUCUGUCUUGUCCAUAACAACAGUCACCCGUCCCUUGUCUGCGGGCAGCAUGACUAUGUUCUCGUCUGUUUUCAGUCGUUUAAGUGCUUUCUGUUUGUCAGGAAACCUUUCACAGUUUUACGCUGUGUUUUGAAGUCAAAACACGUGUAUUUAUAUCAAAAACAGUAAAAAAGCAAAAUUUCAAUAUUGCCAUUUAUCAACUUACUACAAUACAGAUCACUUUUACAUUUCUCUUUCUUAUUUAUAGUAAAUUCAUGUUGCAACAAAAAAACACUCCUGAUGAGAGUAUUUGGCACUGCUCGUUUGCUCAUGCAGGCAAACUAACACUAGCGCAGAAUGAUAGCUGGUUGAUUACUUUCUCCGUCCUUACCAGUUGUAGCAGCUGUAAUAGCACUAGAGCAAGGCAAUUUCAGAACUUUGCUUAUUUGAUAACUAAACAAAGCAUUGGACCUGUGUCCCGUCCUUUCUCAAAUCAUUUUUUUCCUCCGUGCCUGAAGCGAAAAGCUUCAUGGCACAUGUCACUCUCAAACAGUGGGCAGUUUUUACUUUAAUUCCGGCUUUCUUUCACAUAUCUGGCAAUAUAGCAUUUAAACUGCAGGGCUUGAAAUUGUGACUGAUACAGUCACCAAUACGACUAAAAUUUUGACCCUGGGGGCAAAAAAUUCUGCUUUAGUCACCACCAUGCCAAGUUCAUUUUUUUUUUUUUUAAUUAAAACGAUUGAAUUUUAAUAAGAUGUGCUCUUGCUUUGCUGGGAGAAACACAGAUUGAUUGUCUAGGCAGUUUCUUUCUUUCUAUUGUUUUUCAAGACCUUGAAACCCUUACUUUUUUCAGAUUUCAGAAAGGUUUGAUUAAUUUAGCAUAAGAAAGUGCAACAACUACUAUGGUGGGCACAAUUAUGAAGCCCUCUUCACCGAGUAUGUUUAAUUGUUGCUAAAAUAUUUCACCCACCGAUCAUUGACUCAUGGGUUGGUGACUAAGAAAACAAAAUAUUUUCUGCAGUGAUAGGUUUUCUUUAUUGUAACGUUAUAUAAGAGAACUAAAAUUAAGAGAUGGCACAGAAAUUGAAAAAGUUGGUAUAGUAAAACAGUUAUUUCACUGAAGAGAUUUUUUGGGAAGUGGUUACUGUGGGUAUUUCUAAAGGUUAUUGAAGGAAAGGCAUAAAAUGAAAGCUGCAUAUUCUUCAUUUCCAAAAAAAAGCCUAAAUAUGGUGCUGAAAUUGUAAAGCGUUUACCAAAUAUAUACGUACUAGGAAAAUUAAUUCUUUGAAUUCAUUUUCUUCUUCCACUCCUUGACAACUUUGCACGACAGUCAAAUUUGCAUGACAGUCUCAACUCGAUUCUCAAACUUGAUCCUCGCAUCUUGAAGCCCUGAGAAAACUUGAUGUGAGAUUUGAGUCUCUCAUUUAGUGUUUCGAGAAACCAGGACUUUAAAAAAACAAUUUAUUUCUCAAAGAAAGACAAACUAAUAACUGUUGGUAUGAAAGAAAUUUGCACCGACCAUCAGCGUUUCUAUGCCUGCAUCACUUCUAAUACUGUAUUGUGUGUAAGCGUGUUAUUCGAAAAAAAAAUCACCAAUGAAUUAAUGAUAAAUUUCAGCCAAUCGCAUCUUUGUAUUUUUUAGUGAAGUGAACGUAUUUACGUCCGUUGCUGGAGGCGUAAAGUGAAAUUUUAUCUUGAAAUAAAUAUCUCUUUGAAUCUUUUACAAAACAGUGAUGUUCAGUUUUUUGCCAGCCCCUUAGUAUUCCUGCAAGACAUGUAACAAAAAUAGAAAGGCAUGAAUAAUUGACAAUUAAUGAAUGAGGCUGAGUAUCUUAUGAAGAAUUAUGGAGAUCGAGGAGGGUGUUAACACCCUCCAAGAUCUUCAUAAUUCUUCAUAUGAUACGAAAGCUGAAUUCAAUAAUUGUUUUAUUAUUCAUUCAAAAUAAUUCUUAGUUUAAAAACAUGGGUAAAACAUGCUUACCUCCAUCGAUCCAUCGAUGUUAAGUUCAUCUUCUAUAGUCCACGUUUAGGUUUGUCCAGCUCCGCAAAUAUUCUCCAAAUAGCAGAUGCCGCCAUUCACGUUGUCUUCUUGCUGUUCUUGCCAUGUUUUUAGCUAUUUUUUGCCUAGUUCUUACUCUUAAAACGAGUGAAAUGUCCACCAUUUUUUCAAGUUCAGAAGCAAAACAACUCAACCUCGUCCCCAGGUCUUCUUGGUUAACGGUGCCUUAACCUGUGAAAACGCUGCAUUUUUGACGUCAUUUCCUCGUUAAACACAAACUUCUUCCAAAUUUGGUCAUCAGUAACUGGUUAUGGUGAAUUAAACAUGCGCUUUUAGCCAAUCAGAAUCAGGGAAAUAUUUUGAAUGAAUAAUAAAGAUAAAUAACUGAUAUAAGAAAUUGCUAAGUUUAACAUUAAGACUAAGAUAGAAAAUGCCACCUACAUGUCAAAAUACAGUUUGCUUAUGUCAGGUAAAAUUUGAAACCUGUUACUGGAUCACUCAUCGCAACUUUUCACUAUACAGCUUCCUAUGUUCGUUUCUAAGGAAAUCUGGCUCAGGAAAGAGUCAUGAUUACCAGACUUUUCUUGGAGAAUAUUCCAUUCAAGUUUAUUUGCAUAUGGAAAACUUGAACUACGCAAGCAAAAUUCAGACAAGGAAGUGAAUUAGAAGACACUUCCUUGUUUCUUUUCUUUUUUUCAGUGGUAAUUUUUUUGCACGACUGGUAGAAAGUUAUUUAUGUUUUCUAUGGAAACAAGGGGAAACUAUUUGCUUUUCUGUCUUUGGGCUAUACCUUCUUGCAACUUAAAUUUAUUCACUGGGGACUUGUUUUUCUUAAAACUGUCAAAGGUUUGAACCCAGGAGUCAUUUCAUUAGUAGGUUGAGUAUGAUCGUCCAGGUGAACAUAGUCCUGAACAGGACUGGUGUUGUUGACAGUGACUAACGUUUCAACCACCAGUGACAUUACAAGUCUUUAUAGCCAAUAACAUCACAGCUCUACUGACAGACAACCAAUAACAUCGCGACUUAAUUGAUCAAUCAGGUCAUUAACCAGAGUUUAAUACCAUCAACGUGACACUUUGACUCUGAAGAUUACUACCGCACAGGUUGUCGAAACAUCAGUCACUGUCAACAACAACCGUCUUAUUCAGGACUACGUUCACCCGGACAAUCAUACUCAACCUACUUGUUUUUCUCAGUUAGUCGCCGAAAGGCAACUUCAUCUUUUUUUUUCAAUUUCGAGCCCUGAAACUUUUUACUCCAACAGGUGAUUUAACAUACAGUGGUCAAAUUUCUUCAUACUCUGUCUGAAGCACAUUAUGCAGAAAUGUCUUUCUUGAUAGAUUGUAUGAGGCCAAAAUACAAUUUCAGAAUACAUGGCUCGAUCAUGUUUUUCCCUAACGUCAUGGAAUAUAUAUGCUUAAUUGUUUUCGGAACUUACUUAAGGUCUGUUAUUCCUCCAUGAAACAUCUUGCACAGAUUCUCUUCAAACUUGAUAUAAUUUGAACGAAGCUCAAAAUUGGUCAAACUUAAAUUUCAAUGCUGAUCCCCUGCCCUCAAAGCAAAAAUCUUCCCACUCUAGAAAUAAAUACUGUUUAACAGGUGUGCUCAACACACCUGAGGAUCUGAGUUUUUUGGGAGUGAUCUGAGCACUGAAUGUUUCUAACACCCUUCUUUGUUAUUAAACUACAGCAGUGUAUAAUGAGAACAUCAUUUCAUGAGAUCUCUGAAUUGAGACCAUACUGGAGUCUCGUUUCCCGUGUACAAUUCACAUGUGAAUCAUGACAGAUUUGCUCUGUGUUAGGUUAUAAAUGUUUGCACAUACAAAAGCCUGCAGAGUAUUUUGCUUCUGGCUUCUGGUGUUCAGAAUAGUCAUCACCUUACUUACUUACAUGUAUGUUUUUCUAUGGAAACUGCCAUCACAGCAAAGUUUAAAAGUCAAGUCUAUACCAGCAUAUGGUCAAGUCAGUUUAUCUGACGUCACAUUUUCCUCAGAAUUAUAACCAAGUGCUAAAUACACACAUGAUAAAGGAAAAUAUGCAAGGCCAAGUAAAUUUACUUGCUUAUUCCAUUAUUUUCUUAUUGUACAGUUUUUAUUUUGGCAUACAAGUUAUACAAUAAAUAUCCUUAACCCCCUAUAAAUAGAUGGCUGGUCUAAAAUAUUUCCACAGGUCAAAGUGCAGGUCAUUAAUGUCUGCAUGGUUUUUCAUAACACCCUGUAAUUAUGCUUAGUUCCAGUGUCAUUUUAGACCAUUGUUUUAACUCAUUUCUUUCUUCGUUUCCAUUUUUUGUUUAGUUAGGAAUUGUUUAAAUAGAAAACUUAAGUGUCAUUUUCCACUGGAUAGAAAGUCGUAUUCUUUUGAUUUAAUUUCAGCAAUUUUUUGAAGGAAAUUUGUGGAGUAAUAUAAUUUUCUCUUCCUUUAGAUAUGUGCGAGCUAAUGUUGACUUUGACCAUGGAACAAAGGUUACAUUUAGCCCUGAUACAAGGUAAGAGCUAGAAGAUUUUGUUGUCUUUACACAACACAUCUGUUAAUAGAAUAUCCAUUAUCUGCUCUGCCUGUUUGUAACACAGGCAUAUAAUCUCCAACUUUGAUCUAGUAAUUUUGCCGUCGCAAAUAUAAUCCUACAAUCCUACAUUGUGCAUUCAACUUACAGAGGCUCUUAGCCAAUGAGAAGACAGAUGAUGAGUACAAUGUAUAAUAAUAUUGUUUAUUUGCCUGGCUUAUACACAAUAUUUUUUGGAGGACUUAUCCUCAUGGUUUUGGAUUUUGAAGUUAUGUUUGGGAAAAUAAUUCGGGCUUAAAGUGCUUAUACUGGACUGGUCUAAAAUCCAGGUUUCCUUCCUUGUCAGUAUAGUACAUGCUGAGAUAAAUGUCCCUAUGCAACAUGGUUAAAUCUGCUAAGAUUCAGCAUAAUUUUUCCACUAGCACUAGAGAUACAAAAACACAUGAUGCAGGCUCAGUAAGGUUAAAGUCAGUCUGGAAAAUCCAAGCACCACUUAAUUUGCUUACCGUGAAAGUGGAAAUUGCACUAGUGCACUGUUAGCGAUCCAGCACUUUAUCAACAAACACUUACAUAAUCCAGACUGUGAGGCAGUACAGGUAUUCGCAAUGGACUUCAGCAAAGCAUUCGACUCAGUCAGACAUGAGCUACUAUCUAAUAAACUAAAGUUGCUGCCCCUGAAUACCUAUAUCAUCAACUGGUAUCACAGUUUUCUUUUUUUACAGACAACAACUUAACAUAUAGUCCAUAACAACCACCUUCACGAGUGGAAAGGAGUAAAUAAGGGGACAACGCAGGGUAGUGUGAGAGGCCACUACGUCUGAAUGACCUUGAAAUCAAGCUACAAUCUUGGACAAAAUGAAUGGAAAACCUAGACCCCCCCCUCCCCCCCAAAUCAAGGAUGGGAAAAUGGCGCGUUUUUGCCCUUCGCGCACCUUCAUCCUUGAUUUGGGGGGGAUGGGGGUUUGCUGUUCCAUUUUAUUUUGUCCAAGAUUGUCUGAAAGCCUCGACUGGCGUUACUCACAGCGUCAUGAUAGCAAUCAUGACAAGAAAUCUGCGUUCAAAUGCUUCAAGCUAAAUGCUUUCAAAGCAAACCUGGUCAUUUGUCAGUGAUCUCAUACAAAACAGAAGAAUUGCGCUUAUUUCAUUUAUAUAAAAUAAAUAAAUAAUUCACUUAUCAUAAGUCUGUAUGAAGUGCGGGAUGCAUUACUCACUAGGAGAGAGUUCUGCUGCAUGGAAGACGAAAAAAAGACAUACUUAUGCCUGAUUCAUUGCAAUAAUUUUAAUAAGCUUGAAGGCAGAACCCCACAAAACAUAUAUAGAAAUUGCAUUGGCUUGUAAUUGCAGGAAUAAUUAUAGUAAGAAAAAAAAUAAUAAUUUGGCUACAAACGAGACUCGCACCUGCCCAAAAAACCUCAGGUACGCUAAUCCUACUCGCCGAUGUUGCACGCUAGACCUCUAGACAAUCCAUGGAGAGACAGUGUUGCCUUGGCGCUAUUUUUAAGAACUGUAUACGGUGCCUUUAUAGAUCAUUGUUAGCGAUAUUUUAUCUAUAUAGAUUGGUUUUUUUCAUUCUAGGAAAUCGAACACGAUUAAUGUUGACGAACAUAAGGAUUAGCACGAUUUACAACAGAUUACCGACGGUUUUUAUUGGUUUUUCGCGAUUUUGUCGUGGUACAGUAAAGUAAGAGACAGUGAGUCACUUUUAUUUCAAUUGGCUGUUAAUCAUGAUUAACCGUUGAAAACCGCUGCAAACCAUCUUAAAUCACACAAAAACCUUUUGUAAACCGUCAGUGAAACGUCGACCGUGUCAUUUUAACAAAGUUCGAGUGCACUACACACAGUUUAAAAGUUUUAAUUAGUAAAGUUUUAGCCUUUCAUCGUUGUUGGUAUUUCAGCGAGGUAUAAAAAGUCCACAGUCUAGUGACUCCUGAGAAAUAACAUUAAUGGUCCUUUUUACCCUGUUACAGAACUCUUUAUAUGAUUUGCGAGUAAUGCCAUGUUCAAGAGCGCCUUUUUCUAACGUCCCAGACACGAUUUGCAAAAAUGUUCUCUUAGGGUAUUGUAAGUAUGGACGUCCUCGGUGACACUUGUGACUGCGGGUCACAGACCAGUGUUUUCAACCGAUAAGUGUGUCGAAAGAUGACUCUCUAAUUAACAGUGACCACUAUUUCGUGACUUAGACACCUUCGAGACAAUCUGGAACAAAAUGAAUGGAAAACCUAGACCCUCCCUCCCCCCCAAAUCAAGGAUGGGAAAAUGGCGCGUUUUUGCCCUUCACGCACCUUCAUCCUUGAUUUGGGGGGGAUGGGGGUUUGCUGUUCCAUUUUAUUUUGUCCAAGAUUGUAGGUUCCACUCCCACCCUUUUUAAAUACACCGAUGACUCAACCAUUGUCACACCCAUGUGGAAAGGGGGCAGUGAUACGUCAAGUGAUUUAAUGGAGACAUUUUUAAUCUGUGCGAACUGUAAUUCCAUGAGCUGUAACCCUAACAAGUGUAAAGAACUUGUCAUAAAGAACAGGGCUGUGCUCUAGCAGAGCCCGGUGGCCCCUAUGGUGCCUAAAUUUUGCCCUUGGGCGACUAGAAAAUCUCAGAUUUUUCAUACAAAUCAUAUGCUGGGCACCCUAGAUUUCACAGUUUCAGAGCACUGGGCUCCCUUCAAUUUUCUAUAGAGCACAGCCUUGAAGAAGAAAGGGAACCCCACAUUCUAUCCUGUUGUAUGUAGUAUACCACAACAUGCCACUCUUGUUUUAUUAGGUUUGACCUUUCAGAAUAACUGUAAAUUUUUUCCACACAUAAAAGCUAAACUGUGCAAGGCCAACAAUUGUCUACACGUGCUAAGAGUAUAUAGAAAAGAGCACUACAGCCAGACAGAAAUUGAUUAUUUCUUUUAUAGUAUUGUUCUCCCGAACAUAACCUAUAGACUUUCUGUUUAUGGUGCCUCCGAUGUGGAAAUUAAUGUUCUUCAGCAAUUUUUAGACAGAUGCUAUGAGUUGUGCUUUAUAUCUACACAGUUAAAUAUUAGAUCAUUACCACAAAAACAAGAUAAGGCGAUUUUUAAAAAAGUUAAACAGUGUAAUAACCACCCUCUGAAGGUAUGUUUACCACAAGAAAAGAACAAUUUAACCUGAAACCUUAGACAUAAAAGCUGCCAAAGGCCCAAGAUAAACACCAAAUGUUAUAAGAACACAUUUGUAAAUAGAUUAAUUUUUAAAUACAACCUUUUAUGAUAUUUUAUGUCAGAUAUAUGUAACUAGUUUUUCACAUGUUUUAGUCUUUAUUCUAUUUCAAUUGAGCUGAACUUUUAAUCUUUUUAUCCUGUAACAUUAAAUAUGUAUUUUUAUCUAAUGAGCAAUAAAGACAUUUAUUAUUAUUAUUAUUAAUAUGUUUGAUUUAAUCUUAAAGAUGAAACAACAACAACAUGAUAUUAAUUUGAGGAGGACUCAGAAAAAAAAUCCGAGUCCCAGAUGGGAUUUGAACCCACGACCCUCCGUGAUCUAGUCGGAUGCUCUAACCACUUGAGCUACUGGAGACUCUAUGGUGAGCAAGGGUCAAUUUGUGGGUCUCGACUGGAACCGCAUCACGCAGCUACACAGCCAAGUAAUGAUAGGCACACAAGAUUUAAUCUUGUACAUAAAUUAAUGUCAAGGUUAAUUCCUUAUAAUCAUGCUGACUAAAAUAGAAUAAAGUAAAAUGUUCUAAUAAUCCUUAAAAUUAAUAUCUUUUGUUCUUGCCUUGUUAACAGUGAAGACAUGAAACAACAACCAGUUCGCUUCAGGUUUGUUACAAAUAAAGCUAAUCUAAAGCGUGUAUUAUCCUUAACCCUUUUUAUAGACUACAAGUAGUCCCCAUUUUUCCUCAGGGAUAGUAGAGCGAGCGAAACAUGAGCACAUGUGAAAAUCAACCCAUGCGAGAAAGGUGAGACGCAGCAGUGAGAGAGAAAAAUGAGGGACUAGAGACAAAGCCCAAGCUUUUGAACUUAUGUGUUGCUCUGAACAACGCAGAACUCUGACUGGCUCAAAAACGCACCAGCCGCUAUCAACACUCGACAAAAUCACAAUUUACAGAAAGAAUUACUAGAGCAGAACAAAUAACAGCACAGAACAAAUAACUAGAGUACUGAGUUGCUCUUGUACUGAGCAACUACACAGAAAGCCAACCCGGCAACUGAUGAGGUUCGCGUGAAGAACCGAAACCACGGUCAGUCUUGCAUGAUCACAAGGUGGCAAUAACAGAACAGUCACAAGGCUGUUAAGCUAUUCAAAAGUUAUCACCAAGGGAGGAACUACGUCCUUCAGUCCAAAGACUCACAUUAUCCUUAGAAAAACGAACUGGAGUUUAAAAUUCAUUGCUUUAAGAGCAAUCAUGACUCAGUCACAUCGCAAAUUUUCCACAGUGAUGUAGCUUCAGUUAAAUUAAGCUGCAAUCCAUUCUUCAAGAUUUGGAUCUGUAAAUCUGUACAUCACUAUCUGAGAGAAUUGAACAUGCUGCUAAAAACACUAACAAGCUGGACCCAGCGUGACAAAACAUUGCAGGAAACCGCCACAUUCACGGACAAAAAGAAAAUCGCUUGUAAUUAUUCAGAUCCAGGAGGCAUCUCUGGAGAAAUUGAACUACCUAAAACCCUUAUUUAGCCGCAUUGAAGAACUUUACUUUUCAAAAGAGGUCAAAGAAAGCUAAAGAAACUGCUCUUGCAUCAGAGGGAAAAUCAUGCCGUCCAUAAACAAUAACCGCAGAAAAUUAAAAUGCGUGUCACAACCUCUCAGUAUGAAAUAAGCGGCAAAAAUCACAUUUGUUCAGUCAAAACAUUUUCUUCUAGAACAUAAUUUAUCCAUCAGCGAAAAAAAAUUCAUUGGAACAAGCAAUAUUUUGGCAUGAGGUAAAAGUCGUGUGCUGCCUACAAACCCCCCUUUUUACACUAUCAAGUUCUUCACGCAAAACAGCCGUGAAGAAUUAAAAUUAGUAUCUGGAUUUUCUUUUACUUGCAAUAAAUAUCCCUCACAGUUUACCGAUGACAAGAGCAAUGACAGCUCACUGAGAGAAGGAAUCCCAUUGGAUGCGCUUAAUUGGUUUGGAAGGGGAUACGAACUUCAUACUCGGCCGUGAAGGGUUCUCCCUGCUGCGUCUCGCCUUUGUCGCAUGGGAUGAUUUUCACGCACGCUUGCAUGUCGCAUGCUCCAGAUCCCUGAGGAAAAAUGGGGACUACUUGUAGUCUACCCUAACACCUGUUACAUAAAUAAAUUACCAGCAAAUUCUUAACUAGUGUAACUGUUGUACUAAGAUUAUUCAACUUGAAAAUGAUAAUUUGAAAUAACAGUAAUAAUAAAUUAUUGAGAAAUUGAUAAUAUCAUUAAAAUUAACUCUGCCUUCCUUGAUCCCAUGGAAAUCUUCCAGCCAUUAGAGGCAGUUGCACCUUAUAAGGAUGACCCCUAUGUAUUCACUCUAUCGGAGCCUUCAGUCCUGGCUGCCCUGAAACAACUAAAUCCACGCAAAGCAGCCGGACCCCACUGUGUCUCCAAUUGGCUCCUGCGUGAGUACAUCGAGGUUCUUGCCGAACCAGUAACAGCAAUUCUGAACUCUAGCUAUAAAGAGCAAAGACUACCUUCGCUCUGGAAGUUCGCUGAUGUCGUCCCGCUCCCCAACCAGAAGCCUGUGGAAGAUCUUAGCAAGCAGCUGCGCCCCAUCUCCAUGACUCCCGCCAUCUCGAGAUUUUGUUGUAUUGACCCAUGUCGGCCCUGCUGUGCUGAAGAUCAUUGACCAUGAUCAAUACGACAGAAUCCUUAAAUCCUCCACCCUGUUCACUCCGAUCUCGAUGUUUCACCACUGGUUACAAGCACUGGUUACACGGUACCGGUGCAGCUGUCAGGGUCGUGUUAUUUGAUUACCGCAAGGCCUUUGACCUUAUCGAUCAUAAGUCACUAAGAUCAAUGGCCUCGAUGUGCCGCACAGCAUCAAAGCCUGGGUGACUGACUUUUUGACAAAUCGACAAGUUGUCCUCAGACUGCUUUUCUUAGUGGGGUCCAGUCCCCGCCAGAGUUCCUCAAGGGACCAAGCUCGGCCCUUGGCUUUUCUUACUCAUGAUCAAUGAUCUCAAGGUUGACACUCUCACAUAGAAGUAUGUGGACGAUACGACAAUCUCCCAAACCAUACCUCUCGGCUCCCUGGGUGAUGUGCAACACGCUGUUACUGCUGUGGAGGACUGGUCUUAGUCCCAGUGGAUGCAGCUAAAUGGCGACAAGUGCAAGGAGAUGGUUAUCGACUUUAAGAAGAUCUCUCAUAACUUCUCCCCUCUCGAGGUAGACGGAAACAAGCUUCCUGUCACCAACUAUGCGAAGAUGCUAGAUGUUACGAUAUCCAGUGACUUGAAAUGGAACAAUCACAUUGUAGAUUGCAUUAAGAAAGCAAAUAAGCACCUGUAUUUCAUUGUUCUCUUGAAUGUACAACAAUCAGACCUGUACUAGAAUACUGGGCUCCGGUUUUCCAUCACGCACUCCCAGCUUAUCUUAAUGAGGAUAUAGAAAGAAUUCAGAAAAGAGCGCUUUCCAUAAUUUCACCUGCCAUGUCAUAACAGGAAUGCCAUGACAGCCUAGGCCUGCCAAUGCUGUAAGAUAGACGCAACAGACUAUGUAGACAAUUGUUCAAUUCCAUUGCUAUCAAUCCCAGACAUAAGUUAUACCACCUGCUGCCACCAAGGAAACAAUCCAGCUAUAAUUUAAGGUGUCAAAAGUUAUAUAAUUUGCCACUUUCCCAAACGGAACAUUUCAGAUGCUCUUUUGUUUAUGCUAUGUCCUAGGGUCACGCAUAAAGCUCUUAAAGUUUCAAAGAAGUCGACUUUAUUGUAAGAUUUUUAUACAUAUUUUUUAGCUUUACCACACAAGGUGUUUAUACUCAUAUGAUUGUAAUUAGUUUUAUAUUUUAACUAAUGUUAUUUGUGAAAUACGCAAUUCAGUUUUACGACUGGAAAGUAUUUGUACAAUAAACGAUUUAUCUACCUAUCUAUCUAUCUUCAAAUAAAUAUAAAAAAAAUUAUACAUAAAUGCAAACGUUGAUGUUAAUCCUUAAUUAAAAAUCAGUGGCAGAAGGCUUCGAACUGUUUUAAAAAAAUUUUUCCAUGGUUUGUAAAUCUUGACAUGGUCUUUAAUUUUACCAAUUGUCCUUCAAUUCAAUUUAGGUCCUUGAAUUUUUUAUUUCUAUGUUAGGUCUUCAAAAGUCCUUGAAAUUCACAACCUUGGAUACGCCAGACAUCUUUUUCUCAUAAAUUAGAUUAUUUUGCUGUCGAAAAUUUGGCUCAUCCUCGGUUUAAGAACCUCUAAGACUCACGGGUAACGUAUCUAGAAGAGUUUUAUGCAUGAGCAAUAUUUAGUUUCAGUUUCUUUAUUUAAAAUGCUAUUUCUGUACCUCAGAUGCAAUUCAGGUCAUCAUACACUCAUUCAUUUUCCAAAGUCUUGUGGCCAAAAGAAGUAUGAAAUAAUGUAAUCAACAAUGGCCAAAGAAGUAAAAAUCGUAAAUGACUCUAUGACGUGUUCUUGCCAAUGGGGUGAUCAAAGGGGGUUAAAAAAUGCUGGUUUAUUAAAAAAUCUGAGUCCUUGAAAACCUUAAGUUGUCCUUGAAAAAUCCUAAGAUGUCCUAGAAAAAUUUUUGUCUAAUGUAGUAUGAACCUUGUAUAUCUAAAUAGAUGGAGAGUUUCUUUAUGUAACUUUACAACCCACAAGUUGAAUUACGUCAUAUUUACAUGGUAAAAAAUAUAAAAUAAAAACACACAUUAAAUCAUUACAUAAUUAAAAAGACGAAAACUAGAUCUACAAAUGCAAUAAAGUAUAUACUAAACUUAUUCGAGUUCUGUUAAACUCAUCACUAAUAGAUGAGCUUAGGGCAUUGGUGCCUACAAAGUUGGUGGAGCCGAGCAAUGCUCUAGCAUGAAGAGGAGGUAUCCAUGGCGACCCUGCGAGUGACCCCCCAUCCAUCCGGAAUCUCUUUGGUGCUUAAAAAUGGAGGGGCCAGCGUACAGGGGUGAAAUGGAACGUCCGACUCCAACAACCCCAAGCACCAAGCUGCAGCAGUUGCAUGAAAAACAAGACAACACACUUACGAAAGGAAUGCAGCAAACAGUGAGAGUGACACCAUUAACAGCAGUGCACGCCCAAGACAAUACGGUACUCGACUUGGCUGCAAUGUCGAAGGCACUGCAGAUAACAAAUGGGACCUGCAAACGCAAUGACACAGGAUGUCAAGCUUGCUGACUAGAGAUACCCACAAGAGCUUCAGAAGGUGUCCGGAUAUAAAGCUGAUAUGCAUUGCUAGUCCAACAUCCAAGAGCCUGAACACCAUUGCAAGUUGCUUGGAAAAAUUGCCUUCAAUCCCCUCAGUGGAGAAAAUUCACCGCAGCCAAUCAGUGAGGAUUGAGCAUGACAGAGGUUGACCAUUUGCGAAUAGGAGCAAGGGGCCAGGGACAUUUCCUUGUAAGGAGAGUUAAGCCAGCAGUGCCUGAACUGUGCAGAGAGGUGCCCUUCCCAGACCAAUAUGGAUGUGGCAACCCUGACGGAACAGAUCCAUUUUUGAAGCUUUUAUUCUAACAAAGAGACAGGCUGGCAACUGGAGCGAAUCCACUGAUAUGUCUGCCACCGAUAGAUAAAUAGCUGGAGAAAAGCUAGCUAAAUUGGGGACUGUAAAUUCUGCAGCACAGAGAAAACCAAAAUAAUCCAGCAUGCAAGCUGCCCAAAAUGCGCAAUGAUAAAAAUAUUGAGGACCAACACCUGAUGAAUAACCAAAAGGAGGCUGUCAGUAAUCCGAAGGCACCGAGCAGCUGGGGAACCUUAGGAAAGAUUGACCCCUCUUAACACUCAUUGAAACUGCAGACAAUUAAGCAAAGGGUAGAGAAAACCUUGUUCUAUAUGCAAAGAGUGAACUGCAGAUAAAUAUGCUUUAAUUGACGAAUACUGAAUUGAAUCUGCAAUAAAUGAAACAAACAAACAUAGUGUCCAGUCGUGUGCAGGCCAAGGCAAGCCAUUCGGGUGGAGCUUUCCAGCUUGACGGCAAAAAGUGGAAGGAGCCAUACCCUGGGCCAAGAAAUGCAAUUACCGUUGUUUUAGGGAGGAGGUAUUUUAAAAGCUGUCCAGCAGGAGCUGAGGAAUUGGGCAAGGGGAAAAAUGAGCCUCUGCAGCCAACUGCUUGAACUCCUGCCAACAGAAACGUGAGAAAGCAUCAGCAACUUUGUUUUUAACUCCAGGAACAUGAAAAGCAGUGACAGUAAAACCCCAAUGCGCCGCCAGAAGCAGAUCACGGAGAAGGUGUAUUUAACCUGAAACCUUUGAGGUCCUGGUCGUGACAAUAGCAACUACUGCCUCGUUAUCUGAUCGAAAAAGGACAUGCUUCCUAGCCCACAAAGAUCCCCAAAGGUGAGCAGCAAUCACCACAGAAAAAAGUUCUUGGUCUGCAAUAGAUUGCCUGGCCUGCACAGUUGACCAGGCACCAUAAAACCACUGGCCUCAAGAAAAGGUACCAAAGCCAAUCACACCAGCCACAUCCAAGGUGACCUCCAAGUCUGUGGCAGCAGACAUGCCAGGAUACAACCAGAACCUAACUCUAUGCCAAGAGGAAAGAAACUGCUGCCACCACUGAAGAUCAAGACGAAACUCCUGGUUAAUCCAUACGGCUGGUCGUUGUUACUGAGGCAGCACAGCAAUAAAACGAUGAAGAAAGGCUGUCCCUGGCCAAACUACCUUAGCAGCAUGGUGUAAAUGGCCAAUAAGGGACUCCAAUUCCCGCUUUGUGAAUCACCGACGGGGCAUCCAGGAGUGAAUGAGCUCCCUUGGUGCAAGCAAUUUGCCCUCAGGAAGACGAGCCACUUGGUUGACGAAGUCCUGUUCAAUUCCUAAGACAGUCAUAGAAGUGGCCGGACCUAAAUUACAUCUUGCUACAUUUAAAUAUUUGGAAUCUAAAAUCUUAAGCCUUAAGUGCGUUAAAGACAUUCAUAAACAUUUUGUGAAAUCUCUCAGUCUUGAAAAUCGGGUUGAACUAGUGUGACUUCUGAGGUUGUAACAUUUGGUAUUUUGUGGGGGAAGUAAAUUCCUGAGCUUACUGUUUUUGUUUUUUUAAAAGUUUGUCCAUCAGGGCUUGCUUGAGACAUUUACACCCAGGAUCUUAGCGUGCGAUACAAUAUCAAUUUGCUUAAGUCAUUAAUAACAAUAAGAUCAAGUUCGAGAGACUCCUUACUAAAACAAGUCUUCAUUUCCUUGCACUUUGUCUCAUUCAGCUGGAACUUGUCCAAAGCGGCACACAAAUCAAAGGUGUCCACAGCGGUCUCGAUGUUGUUUGUUUGUCCCUUAAGUAUUGUUUCAGAGAUGGUAGAAUCAUCAACGUACUUCCAUAGUUCAAAACUUGGGAUGUCAAGUUCUUUGAUCAUAAUAAUGAAAAACCAGGGGCCUAAUUUGGUGCCUUGAGGACCCUUGCUGGGACAUCAUGUCACUCUGAAAAACAGUCUUGAACAAGUUUCAUCUGCUGCUUUUGACAACACAGGAAGUCAAGAUAAUCCAAGAGAUGGUGGCUUCAUGAAUGUCAAAAAGGCAAUGCUUUUGAACCUAUACAUAUCCCACGAUCAACAAGAUCAAAUGCCUUUUGAAAAUCAAAUGACACAGUGGCCCUGUUCCGGUCCAUGGCACUAUUCCAUGCAUAUGUCAUUGAUGAGUGCCUCUGUGGUGUUUGACCCGGGAGUAGUACCAAACUGCCUUGGAUCCACUUUCAUAAAAACAGCAGGUUUUACAUACUGUUUGACCACAAAUUCUUCAGCCACUUUUGAUAGUACAGGUGUUAGGGAGAUUGGCCGCAAGUGCAAGGAUUGCAGCAGUCGGACCUCCGCAAACAAAUAGUUGAUGAUAUCAGUAACAAGUAGGGCUGACAAGUCCGCAUUUUCCUUUAGCAGCCAAGGUGGUAUCAUGUCCAGCCCUGCUGACUUGGCUGAAUUCAGUGCAGAAAGCUUCUUAAGUAUGCAGAUUUCCAAAAACAAGGGUUAAUUGGGGUAAGGAACAUCUAAUGUAGUGUCCGGGGCCAGAGGGGUGAAAGUGCUCAUGGGUACAGGGAAUGCCUUGUUAACUGCAUCAGCAAGGACAGUAGGACCAAAAUUAGGCCCUGGAUCAACGUGCCUUAAGACAGACAUGGGAUCUGUUCGAGUAGUGGCCUUCAUCCCCCCAAGAGACUUCACUUCUUUCAAUCCUGUACGUGGUUUACAGUUCCUUAAAUGUUCUACUUUGGAUGCAUUAAGUAUUUAGUGCAACAAGACUUGCGCAGAUAGUCUAUGCGAUUCCACAAACUGCAGAAAGAAACCAGAUCUCCUCAAGCAAACGCUACAUGGUGCUGAUAAGAGAUUUUAAUUAUUUGUUAUCCAUAGGGGGUUGUUAGUGGGUGUUAGGGGCAGGAAAAUGUCCACUCUGGUCUUAAUCGCAGUUUGCAAGGGGUCAGUUUUCUUUUGACAUGUCUCUAAGCUACCCACCGAAGAACAGACAUCAACCUCCUUCAAACAUGUUGGCAUUGCUAAUCGUUUAGUUGCCCUCAAGUCUCUCUAUACUAAUAAUUGAUAAUAGUGGAGCUCUAGCACGUGCAAAGUGCACAAUUGAGUGGAGCUCCAUACUAGGGAAAUUUGGUAAUCCAUGCAUCCGAGAAAUUUUGGUAAUCACCUGACCAUCACCUGACUGUGAAUCCGUCCACACCACAGGCAUACCAAUGUAAAAUAACUCAGUUAACAGGCAUGACACCACAGGCAGCUUGAGGUGUUUUUGGCGGGAAAUUGCAUGACCACCAGGACUUUUAGAAAAAAGAGCAACAAAAGCGAGCCUUUUUAGAUCAACUGUUAGAUGUUAUUUUUGAUGUCUGCAUUUACAUGGAUGACAUAGAAAGAGCUAGAGUGAUUGAUUUAAAAUUCGUUACAGAAAAACAUGAAAAUUUCAUAGCGACGGUCAGAACAUGAGAAAUGCUAGCAGCAAGCUAGGACAUGCCAGCAAGGUGAAAAUGAGAGGCAGUGAAAUAAGAGCAAACAGGAACACAAACAACAAAAUUUUUGGUGAGCACCUAAGACAAUUCCUCCAUAAAAAAUAAUGUGUUCCUAUAGGAAGUUUCACAUUUAAGUCUGGCAAAUUGCAUUUUACUUGUGCAAAACCAUAACAAAGAAAUGUAGAAAAAAGUAUGCUGCAUGUUGAUUUGUUUUUUUGCUAAUGAGAUCUACCGGUAUUUAUUUUGUUGCCGUUCUCAUUGCCAUCGCCAUUUAGCAUUACACAAUUUUAUUUCUUUGUUUAUAAGUAUCUACUUGAGGAGAGCCUCACUUUUAGCCCAGGCUAAAUCUAUAUAUUAUUCUGAUCUGCAAUAUUUUGGUAUGGAAAUGUGAAAAACUUGACCUCCAAAAAAUUGUAGUUAAUAUGGUAGAAAAACUCUAAAUUGAAGGGUUAUCCAGAAAUUUUUAGCCUCUUUUAGUUUUAGAAAUUUCAAGGCAAUAUUUGCUUCUUGAUAAGCUAGUUAGAGAAAAAAGUUGUUGCUUGCCCCUAGCUCUCCAAAUAAGGCCAGUCACUGGACAAUGUCUGGAUGGAUUGGGGAGUUGACCGGUCAACCUUUUGUCUUGCCGGUCGUUUCUUGUCAUGUUGACCAUGCAGUCACAUUUGAUAGUAUUAAAAAUGAAAUAAAUUAAAAUUUCCAUACUAUUCAGUUGUUUCAGUUGUUAUCAGUAUGUAGCGAGUCACUGUGUAUUGUGGAACUUUGAUCUGAAAUCCUGGGUGAAAUGCAACUAUUGUUUACAAUUUAUGCAUUGAAACAGGCAUCAGAGUUCACGCACUUCUAGUCCAGUCACAAAAUUAAAAAUGUUGUCACUUUUAUAUGUUAAUUUUCAAGUUUUGCAUUUCUCCGUGCAUUUGAAUGAAAGUAUAAUGCAAAGGAACUAUACUUUAUAAAACCAAUAAUAUUAUUCUACUCUUUGCAAGUUUUUCUAUGUGUUUAUCUUUUGCGUGCAUAAACUAAAACAUAAAAGGUUAUACAAUGACAGACAGUUUACCUAUCAAUACACAUAAGCUUAUUAUCAUUAGUCUGACUUUUGGUCGAGGGGUAGAAGGUACUAUGUCAAGGGUCGAUUUUUUCUGUUUUCUAUUUUUUUUUUCGCUCUUUUUAUAAUAAUAAAUAUUCUUAUGUCCCAUGCUAUCCAGUUGCUGAUGAGUCAGCAUACGUACACCAAAGUUAUACCUGCAAUACUUCAACAUCUUUUGAGACUGCACCAACUAGAUUGCAGUUAUUAAAUUCCAGACACACUAACAGCGUGUUGACAGCACAAUCCAAAGUCUAAUUACAAUAAGCUGGGUAGAGAUUUCACUGUAAAAAAAAAAAAAGUGUUCUGCUUUCCCCUUUCUGAAUUUUCUGGGUCCACCCCUGAGAAAUGCUGUGACUGUGCACCUUACCGUAAUUUGGCCGCAGACCUAAUCUGACAUUGAUCCCCUCUAAACCAAAUGCAGUACACCAAGGUACAGUGAAUCCUCUGUUAAGUGGACCCCCAAUUAAGUGGACACCCUCUAUUAACCGGGCACUAAGCCAGGUCCCAAAAUUAUCGUCUUAUAUUUCCCUUUAUAACAAACCCCUAUUCAGCAGACACCUCUAUUAAGUAGAUGCGGCCACUAAAAUAAAUUGUAUUUGCAUGGCUAAUUUGUAUCAUUACAUUUUUUUGUAAAGACCUCUAUUAACUGGACACCGGACUGAAUUGAUAAUAGUAGUAUUGGAUUACAUCCUUGGAAUGCAUACUGUAGUUGAUUAAUAAAGAUAAAUCAGUACAUUUGGCUGUCAAUAAACUGUAGAUUAGACUGACAUCUGGUUGGUAAUGAAAGGUAAUGAACUUGAACUCUGAAUAGCUUCCUUAACAACAUGGAGCUUUAUCACAGUACAGAGUACCCUCUGAAUGUUAAUAGUUGUAAACAAACAUUGUGCAAUUUUUACAAACCUCUAUUCAGUGGACACUUGGGAAGGUCCUGAAGGUGUUUGCUUAAUAGAGGUAUCACUUUAGUUGUUAUUUAUUUCCAUAUUAUUUCAAAAAUUCAGGUUCCUUCAAUAAUUCUUGCUAUCAUAUUUUUUUUAUUUCAGAGCUUUCAUAACUGCUUUAGCAAAUGGAAACACAAUUCGAGUUUUUAAAGUGAACAAGAAGAAAGAUGGGUCUGGAGCUUGGGUUACUGGGGAAUUUGAUUUUCCAGUCAAGCAUUCAGCAGAGAUAAUAAAUAUUGCUGUGGCCUCCAGUGGAAAGUUUAUCAUGUCUUGCUCUAGUGAUACAACUAUAAUCCUAUGGAAUCUGAAGGGUAUGUCUUUUCAUUAAAACACAUCAUCUUCAGGUCUAUAUGGCCAGCAUUAGCAUCAAAUUCCUGAUUAGGUAACAUGAAGGUGGAUUUCCAACACGUUUCGUAGUGAGAGCUUUUUAGUCAAACAUUACAGAGAUCACACCUUUCUUAAAGUCUAGUCACAUUAUAACAAGUUACACAUAUUCUUGUUCAUUUGUUCUUUUAAUAAAUGGUUGACCCAGCAGAUGAGAAUGUUAGUCAUUUUGGUUGCUUCAAUUUUUAUUAAAACUCCUGGGUGUGAGCUAAAAUCACUCACGCAUUCAAGUUUUGUCUUGUUAAGGACAAGUUGUCACUUUACAAGUGAUAAAAUGCCACUUUAAGAGUGAUAAAAUGCCUUAUGUUUAUCUGAAGUACUAGAAAUUCUAAAAUUACAGUGUGAUCACAAUCUUGCUGUUUGCUAAUAUUACUGCUUAGUGCUGAACAGCAGCCAAUAUAUACUUAGUUCGCGAACACCGUUUCGUAGCAAGAUAGAGCAAUCAUUAGACUGUAAAAUAAAUGCCGCUAGUGCGGAUAUCUGAACGUGUCUAUAUGCUUUUACUUAGGGCUUUUUAUGGACACUGGUUUAGCCGUCAUUAGUAUAAUUCGAUUGUACGAUCUUGAUAUCUCUGCAUAAUGGAAUUCUUAAUUUUAUAGAAUUUUGAACUUUUAUUAUUAAUUAUAUCUAUUUCCUCUUCUUUUAUGUAAGGUUAAGUUACUUCUAUUUUGUAGAAUUUGUAAAUGAAUAGUUUUUUCUUUCUUCACUUAUUACAUAUAGGAUUGUUUUUGUUCUCUAAUGAAGGAAUUGUAGAUAGUGUUUUCAUAAAUUAAUUUUUUAUAUGUAACAGGUGAGGUGCUCUCCAUUAUUGACACUCAUCAGAUGAAUAACAGCUUUGCAAGUAUAUCUCCUUGUGGCCAAUUUGUCGCAUCUGCGGGUUUGUUCAAUGUUCUUUGUAUUGCGUUAUGUGUGAUCUACUGUAUCUAUUCUAGGAUUUCUCCAUUUUAUUUUAUUUUUCUUCAUCUACUGAAAGCUUCCUCCCUGAUUUUACAGUAAUCCGUAAUUUUGUUUUCUUUCUUUAUGUUAGGUUUUACCCCUGAUGUGAAACUUUGGGUAGUGGAGUUUACAAAGUCUGAUGAAUUCAAGCAGGUCAAUCUUUUUUUUUUCACAAAAUAAGUUUAAAUUAUGUACCUGAUCCAAACUCUUUGUAUUGACCUAGCUACAGUUAAUUAAGUAUAGAAAAUGACAGUGCUUUGGAUUUUUUGAUGACAUGAAUUAAGAAAAUAGCGAUGGGUAAUUGUAUCUGAUCAUAAGCAAAUUUUAAUAUUCAACUUCAGCUUUGCCACCCUUAAGAUAGAGUUGUUGAGUGCCCAGAGUGAAGGUUUUUUUUCUGUAUGAUUUAUAUUAAAAGAGAAAGAACAGUGAUUGCAUUUCAACAGUUGAUCGAUAUGUCACAUGUAUAGGAUGUAAAACAAGUGUUUUCUUUGCCUCUCUUGAUCAACAGCUUACUGGGCUACACCUUACUACUUUUCAUUAGUCAAGUUGAUCUCUAAUUAUGCUGUAUCCUUGGAAAUACUCUUACUACCUGUAUUUUUGUCUUUGGUAUCUCUUGCAGGAGAAUUUACUUGCAGAUUGAUGUUUAUUAUGUCUAUGACAUUUUUAAAUCUCAUCAUGUUGGACCAAUGGUGUGUCUAGAACACCAUACAAUCUAUGUCUUUUCAUUUCUUUCAUUGUUUAAACUAACAGGUCGACAAGAGCAAACUCGUUUUCAAAACAAUGGAACUGAUAUGAAAUUGAGUACAUCUCUUGCCUGUAAGUUUAAACUUUUAUAAUAUUUAUUUUGUGGCAGGUUUCAAGAGCAAUGGAGUUGAAAGGACAUACUGCAGGUGUUUAUCACUUUAGUUUUUCAUCAGAUUCAACAAGGUACAUGAACAGUUCUAAGAAUUAUACCAUGUUAAAUUAAAGGAGUGGGAUGCAAAUGUUUUAACUGGUUUUUGUGAAAUGAAACAGUUGAAAUUGGUAUUAAAAUUAAAUAACCCGAGUUAGUUUUUGUAUAGGUAAUUUUAGUGCUUAUUUUGUGGUCACCCUAUGUAAGUUGCCUGCCACAACAACUGUGGAGCAGAUAUUAAGUACAACUAAGAAAUGUUGGGAAAAAUAUCCAGGCCCCCAGCAUUUCCUAGCAUUUCUUAGUGUUACUUAAUAUCUUUUUCUUAUUUCAUCACACUUGGUAUAAUUUUGUUGUUUAUUACACCUGUAACCUAAGGUGUUGACAAAGGAACUGCAAAAUUAAGAAACAUGACCACAUUUUUAUACAGUAGAACCUCCCAUAAGCGACCACCCAAAAUGCAAAACCUUGGUGGUCACUUACAAGUUGUGGUUGUCAGACCGCAAGGGCAAAAUGUUUAACCUAUAAUGGAGGGUUCUACUUAUUCAAAAAAAUACUGAAAGUUGACUUUUCCGUGAAGAAAUCAUUAGCUAUCAGAGCUAUUCUAUUUGACAGUUCAUUUGCAGAAAAUUUUACUUACAAGUGUACGUGACUUCUUGUAGAGAAAUGUGCCUAAAAUGUCUGACGAACAAAAACUUAACUUCUUAAACUGCAACCUGAAAAUCUGGGUAUUUUUCUCAAGUGUAAUGGUUAAUAUCGUAGUUAUAGAUCAAACUAAUAAACAAAGUAAUAGAUGUGUAGACAAUUAUGACAACCAAAGAAUAAAUUGUUUUCUCUCCAUUUUUACAAUGUACUUCACUGUUCAGUAAGACCAUGUGACAAGUGGUCGCUUACCGGAGGUUGAAAACAAUCGAAAAUUCUAAAAACUAUCAGCUGAUAAGGUAAGGUGGUUGCGGUUACAAGAGGUGGUCAUGUAUGAGAGGUUCCAGUAUAAGGCUUUGACUGAGAACAUUUUUGGUGUUUUGGGAAGGUGGUUGCUUAUAGGAGGUGGUCGCACGUGGAAGUUUGAUUGUAUUAAAAGACAUGCUUUGACAGCUCGACCAUCAUGAAAUGUAGAGUUUGAGUAUGGGUUCACUGUUUAUGAGCCCAGAAGUCAAAUCAUAAGUUAAGAUUGACUAUGAUUGUGCAGCUAAAUAAAGUCCUGACUAGGACGGAUUGUUCAUGAUGUUUUGUCAUAAUUAGAGUCAAGGUGAGUUGUGUAUCAGCAUUGAAUCUUCAUCAUACACGGGUAAGUACGUGGUGUAAGCAUCAUAUAGUGGUUUGACGUUAGUUAAUAUAAAGCCUAGCCUUCCACGCAGGCGUUUUUAGGGGAGCUCGUUUUUCACCCCUCCCCACAAACGCCUGCUCAAUCAAAGACAACAUUCCUUUCCCAAGCUUAGCCAAUCACAUGGUACUUUCCAAAUUCUGGAAAGUUGACCUUGACCGCAAGGUAAUCUGAUAAUUACUCGAUCUGCAUGAAACACUGGAAAAACUUUCUAACCUCCAAUAAAUGCUAGAUUCAGAGCGGCAAAAAUAAGAUUUAAUCAAAUUUUAGAAUACUCCAUGCACUUCAUAAUCUUAACGAAGGAAAGAAAAGAAGGAAAACAGUAACUGCAGGGUCACGUUUUAGUCGCGUUUAGCCUGUCAACACUUUAUUGCACAACUGUUUAUUGGUCACUUACCACGCAAAUAAAACAAUGGGAAAGAAAUGUUGUUUCCGGUUGAGCAGGCGUCUGUGGGGAGGGAUGAAAAACGAGCUGCCCUAAAAACGCCCGCAUGGGAGGCUAUAUAAAGCCCUACAUAACCACAUAUAGCCAUACAUAGCCUUACAUAACCCUACAGAGUCCUACAUAGCCAUACAAAGCCAUACAUAGCCCUACAUAACCCUACACAGCCAUACACAGCCCUUCAUAGCCCUACACAGCCAUACACAGCCCUACAUAGCCAUACAUAGCCCUACAUAGCCGUACAUAACCCUGCAGUCCUACAUAGCCGUACAUAACCCUACAUAGCCAUACACAGCCAUACAUAGCCCUACAUUGCCCUACCUAACCCUACAUAGCCAUCCAUAGCCCUACAUAGCCAUACAUAACCAUACAUUGCCAUACAUAGCCAUACAUAACCCUACAUAGCCAUACAUAGCAAUACAUAACCCUACAUAGACCUACAUAGUCAUACAUAGCCGUACAUAACCCUACAUAGCCAUACACAACCAUACAUAGCCCUACAUUGCCCUACUUAACCCUACAUAGCCAUCCAUAGCCCUACAUAGCCAUACAUCGAUUGCCCUACAUAGCCAUACAUAACCAUACAUUGCCAUACAUAGCCAUACAUAAGCCUACAUAGCCAUACAUAGCGAACAUAGCCAUACGUAGCCCUUCAUAGCCAUACAUAACCCUACAUAGCCAUACAUAGCAAUACAUAACCCUACAUAGACCUACAUAGUCAUACAUAGCCGUACAUAACCCUACAUAGCCAUACAUAGCAAUACAUAACCCUACACAGACCUACAUAGUCAUACAUAGCCGUACAUAACCCUACAUAGCCAUACAUAGCCCUACAUAGCCAUACAUAACCCUACAUAGCCAUACAUAGCCCUACAUGGCCAUACAUAACCAUACAUAGCCUAGCUAUACAUAACCCUACAUAGCCCUACAUAGCCAUACAUACCGUAUUUAUUCGAUUAACCGCCCUGGGCGCUUAUUAAAUUUUUGGACCUUGAGAGUGGGCGCUUAUUCGAGGUGGGCGCUUAUUCGAGGCUGGGCGCUUAUUAAAUUUUCACCAUUUUCAGCAAGUGAAGCAUGUUUAUUUUAUAACAAAACAAUAAAUGCUAAUAACAAAACGCGAAGAAGUAACAAAGCAAGGUUUCUGUAAAAUACUCUGAAGAAGACUCCGUCCUCGGGGAAGUCUCUUAUUAGAAUUUACUCACUCAAGUGGGUGGGGUGGGGUGAGCGCUUAUUUGAGUUUAUUGGGAGGAGUAGGGGUGGGCGCUUAUUCGAGGGUGGGCGCUUAUUAACUUUUUUCUGCCUUUGGGAUGGGCGCUUAUUCGAGGUGGGCGCUAAUUCGAGGUUGGGCGCUUAUUCGAAUAAAUACGGUAACUAUACAUUGUCAUAAAUAGCCAUACAUAGCCCUACAUAGCAAUACAUAAGCCUGCAUAGCCAUACAUAGCCCAACAUAGCCGUACAUAGCCCUACAUAGCCAUACAUAACCCUACAUAGCCAUACAUAACCCUACAUAGCCGUACAUAGCCAUACAUAGUCCUACAUAGCCAUACACAGCCCUACAUAGCCAUACAUAGCCCUACAUAGCCAUACAUAGCGCUACAUAGCCCUACAAGCCCUACAUAGCGAUACACAGCCCUACAUAGCGAUACCUAACCCUUCAUAGCGUAUAUACAUAGCUCUACAUAGCCAUACAUAGACUCAUUGACUCAUGACUCAUGACUCAUUGACUCAUUUGACUCCUCUUUACCAUCAACAAAGAGAAUUUCAUUGCUGAAGUGACCAGUGAUACAAGUUAGUUAGGAAAUCUGGGCGAAGCAAAGCUGCACAUUAAUUCAAAUGUUACACCAAGAGCAUUACCCUGCGGAAACUGUCCAUUUGCAUUGCAAGAGGAUGCCAAAAAUGAACUGGACUGACUAGUGGAAAUUGGAGUUUUGGCACCUGUAGAGGAACCAACAGAAUGGGUAAGCCAGAUGGCUGUUGUCAAGAAACCAGAUGGAUCGCUAAGGAUCUGUAUUGACCCUCAAACACUGAAUGAAGCUCUCCAACGGGAGCAUUACAAGCUCCCAACUUUUAAUGAUGUGUUGCCCACUCUGAACAAUACCAAGAUAUUUAGUUAACUUGAUGUAAAGCACGCCUUUUGCCAUGUGCAGCUGGACAGUCAAUCUAGUCUUUUAACAACCAUGAUCACCCCUUUUGGCCGGUACUGCUGGACCCGACUCCCUUUCGGAUUAAAGGUUAGCAGUGAGAUUUUUCAAAGAAAGCUGAACGAGGCGCUCAGUGGCCUCAGCAGCGCUAUCUGUAUUGCAGACAACCUGCUAGUGAUGGGUUGUGGCAACACAAAAGAUGAAGCAGCUGCUGACCAUGAAUGAAACCUCCGAGAGUUACAGAAAUGGUGUUCACAGAGAAACAUAAUACUUAAGUCUGUCCUACGACAAACACAGGUUAAAUUCAUGGGUCACAUGAUAACCACUGAAGAAGGACAGGCAGACCAGUCCAAAGUAGAGGCAAUCCUCAACAUGCCAGCUCCCACUGACGUACAAUUCCUCCCAAAUCUUGCCAGUGAUUUACAGCCAAUACAAGAGCUAACCAGAAAAAAUGUGGACUGGAAUUGGUCCGCCGAAUGUGAGGAAGCGUUCAUUAAAGUGAAGACGAUUACAGAGGGCCCUUUGCUCAUUUAUUUUAACCCAGAUAAGGAACUCGUCCUGCAAGUAGGUAGUAGUAAAGAUGGAUUGGUUGCUGCCCUACCACAGGAUGGGAAGCCUAUCGAAUAUGCAUCGUGAGCUCUGACAAGUCCAGAACAAAACUGGGCUCAAAUUGAGAAAGAGACAUUAGCGGUAGUAUUUGGUCAGAACACUUUGAUCAGUACAAGUAUGGUAGAAAGGUUGUUAUUGAGAAUGAUCACAAGCCACUUGCCGCCAUCCUCAAUAAGCCCUUCAGCCAAGCUCCUAAAAGACUGCAAGCACUAAUACUGUUGCUCCAUAGAUGUGAUGUCGAUUUCCACGACAUGGAGGGAAGCAAGCUUUUCAUCGCGGAUACCCUGAGCAGAGCCUAUCUUGAUGUCCUCGAUACCCAUGUGAGAGUGAUGAAAGUCAAUGCCUUAAAAGGAGAGUCAGAUGAGAGAAUUAAUGAAGUAAGGGAGGCAACUGCAGAGGAUGAAAGUAUGCAGAAGCUCCUUAGUAUCAUCAGGGAUGGCUGGCCUGACAAUAAGAAUGAAGUACCCAGUGAACUGAAACCAUGUUUUGACAUGAGAGACACUCUAAGCCAUCAAUACGGUGUUAUUUUGAAGGGAGAAAGAAUUGUGAUCCCAAAGUCGCUAAGAGACAUUACAAAGAAGAGGCUGAUGAGAUGCACUCCUGAUACUGUAUUUUGGCCCGCAAUGUCACAUGAGAUACGCCAAGUGGUCGAAAACUGUGAAACCUGCCAGCUACACAAACCACGGAAUCAGAAAGAGACACUGAGACAACAUAAAGAGGGGGAAACCCAGUGGAGCAAAAUUGGCGUCGAUCUGUUUGAAAUAAAUGACAGAAAUUAUCUAGUCACUGUUGACUACUACUCAAAAUUUUUAGAAGUUGAUUACCUUUCCACCACAACCAAAACGACUAGGCAAGUCAUUACCAAACUCAAAGGACACUAUGCGAGAUAUGGGAUGCCCCUACAGAUGGUAACUGACUCUGGCCCCUGGUUUCUCUCACGAGAGUUCAGGAAUUUCACGACGGAGUGGGCAAUACAACAUGCAACGUCAUCACCCGAGCAUCACUAGUCAAAUGGAAAGGCGAGGGCCACAGUGGAGAUUACCAAAACGAUGAUGUGUAAAGCACUACGGGAUGGCACUGAUCAAUAUGAAGCCCUACGGGAAUUGAGAAACAUGCCUCGCCAGGAUACAGGCAUAAGCCCUGCCGAAAUGAUGUUUGGCAAAAAUACUCGAUCACUGCUACCGUCUACAGGAACCAAGAGCAUCCCAAGUGAAAAACAAGUUAUGAUGAAAAGAGCCAAGCGCCGCCUUCCCAUUAAGAGUAACUACAACAAAGGUACCUGAGACCUGAAGCGACUCACCCCCUAGUCAAUCAGUUUACUACCAAUACAAGGAAGGAAGGAGACCUGAAUGGAGAAGAGGCAUUGCGUGGACUGAGCCACAGCGAGUGAUCCUACAUAAUAGACGGGAGAGAUGGUUUAUAUAGGAGAAACAAAGUACACCUACGCCCCACAACACCUGAGACGUCACCAGACAAAUUCUCCUCACCUGCUUCUGCGUUGAAUUCACACAAACUGCUUGAGCACAUGAUCACUGAGAAGUUGCAGGAUGCCAACAGACUGAACAAGUCUCAAGCAGACAGUCCAACAAGGCAACAGCGAAUAAGGAAGGAACCUGACUGGUUCAAAGAUUACGAGUUCAACUUUUAGUUUCUUGAUCAUUUGCGCAUGUUGCAAAGAACUUAUAUUUAAUUAUCAAAGAGACACGUAGACAAAGAACUGAACUUGUCUGUGUUAUUCGUUUUUGCUUUAUUUUAUUUUAUUUUAUUUGAGAAAGAAGCAUGUUGAUAUUAUAUUGUUGUGAGCCCGCAAGUUGGUUUUAACCAUAAGGGCCUGGAAACUAUAUAUGACAUGUGUGUAGGACCCACCAUGUUUUUUAGAUCUAAUUCUGUCUUUACAUACUUGUGAGACCUAGCUGCGUUGUGUUUUACUGCCUGAAGCAGCACUUGUCAACACACGAGUCACUUGGGAUCUGAUGCAGACUUUUCCACAGCCUAUCAGGGCUACACCCACUCCCCAAAAAAACCUUUUUUGCUGCAAGAUAUGUUUUAUUACCGUCAAUGUUUUCACUGAGCACUUAUUCAGUCAAUCCAAUAAAGUUUCGUGGUUUUCAGGCCUCAUUUGAAGCACCAUAGGGGUUAUUGUUUCAUAAUUGUUUUUGCUAGAAGUUCUCAAAGUUGUCCACUGCAUGUGGGAAGUUGAUGAUAGUACUAUUAAAGUGUUUUUAUUAUUAUGACUUAUUAUGACUGCAGUCAGUGGUAAUGACCAGCUGCUUCAUUGUUUCUACAGUAAUAUUUUUUAUUCCGAUUUCUUGUUUUCUUUGCUUGUAGCCAGUAGUAAAGCCCCUGAGUACGAAGUGUUUUUUUUUUCAGGAUGGCAACUGUAUCCAAGGAUGGAACUUGGAAAAUUUGGGACAUUGAUGGUGAGUCGGUAUGACUGGUUUGUUGUUGUGUGUGAUUACCUGUAAUAACUUUUUCACUAACGUGACUCCAAAAGGGUACUCUUACUUCUCACUCAGCUCCUCUCACUGUGGACUGAAGCCUGUUUGAAUGGCUAAGUAAACACGGUAAUGAAGGGAGGAGAAAGAAAACAUGGACUUUGUUGCACAAAACACAAUACAUAGGAAGGUCAACAAUCGAUUUACUAUCAUUUCCCCUUGAAUUGUAGUGAUAGUGAAUAUUCCUUGCAUCAGAUCUACAAGUACUUUUGCAGUCUACUAAGAGCAGUUGCCAUUUGAAAAAACGUCUCUAGCGCCGAUUACUAUCGGCUAUAUUUAUAUUUAUCUGAGAUACACUAUACAUUAAUUUAUGAAAGUCAAAGUUUUGUAAAAAAAAAAUGCACCUAUCAGUCUACCAACAUAUUUUCAAAAGAAACCUGCACCGCGUAUGAGAUGACCUUGACACAGCAGCCUUUUUUCUACCCUGCGCAUGUUAAGUGUAUAUCACCAUCAUUAAAACCUAUGAGACUCCCUGAUUAGGAGCCCCCAUAAUAACCUGACAGCUGCUUAUAAAUUCUGGAGUAUGUUCCUCCUUGCCCAGACUCAAUUCAGCACUUGCUGUGUACCAACAUAUCGACCUAUUUUGCUACUCUCAGAGGACACAUUGUGGUCAAAACCAUCUAAGUAUACAUGUGUCAACGAAAUGCGGUUAACUGUCACCAAAUGCCAUACUUAAACAAUAUACGAGAAACUGGGAGAUGCCUAGGUGACAAAUUUAAAGACCAUUUAUGCACCAGAUGUCUACGUAACACUGAUCUCCCAAUUAACUGACUAUUUUUAUCCCCUGAUUACAACGUUGGGAACAUGCUGGUCACUGUGAUCCAUUCUGGCUUCAGCAGUGCAACGUUUAGGCGCAGUGUUGAAAAGUUGGAUGAUAUUUAAGCUCUGGACACUAGUCGAAAGAUUGAUCUCAAUUGUAUUUGAGUAGUAUUGUAGGCACCGAAUUACCCCUUUAUGCGCAGGAAUCUCAUUAACUUGGGCAGGAAUUUAUUAACGCCAAUGACGUCAUAACCUUUUGUCAGAGGGCAAAAAAGGCAAAACAAAGUCAAAAAGGCCAACGUCAGGGCAAAAGUGGCGAAAAUAACUUGCGGGCCAUGUAAAUUAAUAACCGGUCUGGUAGAAAAACAACAAAAGGAGUGAAAACAAUUAAAAUGUGGAGGUGGAUGGAAAGCAAUGGAAAUGAUGAGGAGGAUGUGGUGGUGGUGGUGUAAAGUUUUCACUCUUCACGAUUGAUAUCAUUACAAAUAAACUGUGUCAAAAUAAAAAGUCGAUCCAGAGUCGAUGCGGUGGAGGGAAAACAAAACUAAAAAAUGAAAUUAGAAAAAGAAAGUAAAUAAAAAGUGGAGGAGUAGGAGAGGUGUGGGAUAAGUAAGACAUUGUCUUACGUGCUGAAAGAACUACUUUGCCUUGCCUUCAUUAAUAUGCACAAGAAUUAGUGAACCGGAACUAGGACAAUGACAGUGGCAGAAAAUAGAACGUGAAUAAUUACGUUACCGCUCAGCAUGUUCGACUUUAUUCCCCAGACACCAUGAAUUAACCAAUGAAAACGUUUCAUAGAUAUUCUCUAAUCAAUCAAUCGAAAACCAAGACAUUUACCGACCUAAAAGUAACUAGAAAACCUGUCAGACAGGUUAAACUAAUUGAAAAUAGCACAUGAUCUUAUCUUAAUGAGAUUCCACCGUAUUUUAUUCAUGAGAUAAAGACAAAAGGUUAUAACAUCAUGGGCGUUAAUGUAUUUCUACGCAAGGUAAUAAGAUUUCUGCCCAAAAAAGGAUAAUUAUGUGCCUACUAUACUACUUAUUUGAACCUCCAAAAGUCAGUGCAAGCAAGUAAUGUACGAUACGUCUUUGUUUUGUAUUUAUAACAUCCAUUUUUCAGUUGCUUAUUAACCACUCCAUGGUAUGACCACUGUAGCGUGCCACGAGUAUACAGCUAUAUCGAAAAAGGUUCCUUUGGUAGUUGGUCAUAAGUAACUGGACAUUCGGCAUUUGGGCGUAUGGAACAAUGCAAUGAUUUACUUGGGUGACCACCAAACAAUAGCUUUCCAAUGCUCAGUUCUCAAAGGAACCUUUAUUGAAUCAGCUAUAUGUUGUGUUGUUGUUGUUUUUCAUUUAGUGGAGUUUAGUAAGAAACAGGACCCACACCUGCUCGUCACUGGAAUUUAUGAUGCCUCCUUUGGAGUUUAUAACAACAUGCUUAUUCAUAUGUCUCCGGAUGCGUAUGUGACAGCUAUUGCAAUGGGAAGGUCUGUAGGGAUUUUCAAUACAGAAAAUGGAAACUUGGAAGAACUUCUUGAAGACGUACAUGGAGGUAAGAGAAAUAGUGACAAAUUAGAGUCACUUAACAAACGAAUGGCAAUGAAUCAACCUAUGAACAUACUUUGUAAAACUGAAUGGAAAACAGUUUAAAGUCGCUAGUUAGGGCUUAAGAGAAGAUGUCGGUAAAAAUCAAAGAUCGGGCGGACAGAGCUCAAAAUUUGAUUUCGCCUAUACUUUGUACAUAAGUAGGCCCAGGUACUAUACAGUCAUAUGAAAUCAAGGUUUAUUUCACUGAAUAAGGUUUCGUUUGAAAGAAAUCUAAUUUUAACUGUUUACGGUUUUUUUCGUCGUAAUUAUCUUGAGAUUUGCCAACUUUCACAACGUUAUUGAGUCAUUUAGUCGAUCGUUCUAAAGUAUCUUUACGGAUAUCCAGUUAAACUAAAGUUACUUUAGUCCAUUUAUUCCAAAAACAGCUCGCCAACGCUGCUCACAAAAAAUGUAUGAGUUUUUGAGGAAGCACACCAACAUCCUUUCUGAAUUUGGUUGGAUGGCUGGUCCAAACAACAAGUCAGAACAUGUCGCGGUACGCGACGAAUCUCACCAGGAAACCUUUUGGUCAUCUUUAAAGGAUAGUUUUAACUUUCUACAACUUUAUUUGUUCGGGAUCUUUUGUACUUUUUGGGCAAAUACUUCUUAAAGUGAGCACAAUUUCACCUUCCGCCAUGUUGGAAUGUCUUACAUGACGGAGACAGGCAAAACGGAAGUCACCGGUACGGAAUCAAACAGCACAAAGUUUCACCACUUAUCACUAUUAUUAUACAUUCAACUCACUAUCUCUUUUCUGCUUUGCCGAAAGCGUACAGUGAAUUUUCGAAAUCUGCACCUGGGACGUCAUCUAGCGGUAGAUUAUACAAUAAUCAUGUCAAGGACUUUCAAGGUCACGGGUAAUCAUGUCAUUUAUGACCACAGUGCAUGAUUUCUAAGGAUAAUCAUGUCAAGUUCACGCUUUGUGUUCCUUGCCGUCAGUGAAGAAGCAAAAACAUAACUUCCGGUCAAAAUAAAGAUUUCGUGAAUUCUUUUGCUCCACAUUGUUAAACCCAAAGGAAACGGAAUAUAAAGCUGAAGAUAUCAAUGCGGAAUUCGCUCACCCGUUUAUUCGACGUCUAAUGACGGUGUCAAAGGUCGGUGCAUGACGUGUAGGAAAUCAAUGUCACUAUAUCAUGCAUGGAAUCACAGUCCUGAAUAAAACCAUUGCCAAAUUGCCGUUAACUUUAAAUAUCGAAGGCUCCCAGGAUCGAGCUAAUGGAUGAAUUGAAUCGUAAACGUGCAUGGGUGCAAAGUGCCACUGCUCUUGAAUUUCGUGAUUAGAUUUCGUUAUUGUUGACAACCAAAUGUUGAAGAUUAUCACCUCUGUAUUUAUAGUAACUCAGGAAGGCUUGAGAAACAUUCCGUUUUGAAAUUCAUUUGUUUUAAACUUCUUGGGCACUGUAACAUAUUCACUUUCCGGAAAGGAUCCUCCUUAGUUUUUUUUUUUAUAUUUCAUGACUUUCUCUGUGUGUUGGUUAAAUGAUAGAUCAUGUUUACAUUCUUUAGCAUGUGGUUUUUGGCAUCUGCUUUUUGGCAUACAGUGUCGGUUUUGAAAAGCAUUUCGUAUUUCGUCAGCAUUUCUUCGGUAACUUUUUGGCAUCUCUAUUGACUAUUUUCCAAUUGCCCAUAAUACACUCUGUUUGACCCCCAAAUUUUGCAUAACUUAUUGUCUUAAAAUGCUCUUGGGAAAAUGCAAUACUCCCAGGAGCAUUUAAAAACAAUGGUUAUGCAGAAUUUGGGGGGCAAACAGAGUGUAUUAUGGGCAAUUGGAAAAUAGAGAAUAGCACUCACGCUUAUCCUUGCCCGAAUCUGUACGUGUUCUGACCUUAGGAAUCCAAACCCGACACAGUCGAAUGUCCGAUUGCAUGUGCACUUGAAUAUUCUAGAAACUUAUCGGCGCAGCAUUUUAUUUAACGCUUUUACUUGUAAAAUAAUUUGCUCUUCAUGUGAAGGUCAACGUCGCUUUACAAUUCGAGGAUCUUUUCUUUGCAGCUAAGGCUCUUUGGCUUAUUCGCUCUUCACUGAACGAAAUCCCAUCGUCAGGCUUCGAUACUCCUGUCGAUACCAUCUUCUCCGGGCAUCUUCUCCAUAUCAAGUAAUAUCGGGAACAAAUUCGCCCAAAUAUACAACAAUGAUCCACGCUCAAUUAUUUCAAAGUCCUUUUAACAAUUCCAAGUCCAUCAUUCCAUGCAGAUGAUAUUGUCAGUGUUCUUUAGAAUAUUUCCAUUUAUGCAAAACUCAUCUUCGGCUGGCUACUCUUUUGUGUCGGGAAAAAAUGUACCCCUUACUAGUACCCUCUAGAAUAUGCCAAACAUAUGCGUAAAAGGCACUUGGAACAAAAGUAAUACUAAGUAAGGGAGGUAACAGUAAAGUGUUUAAUUUGACUUUAAUGAAUAAAUUAAUGAGAAUCGAGUGAGUGAGUGAUCGAGUGCCAUUCGAGUGCCUCCAAAAGCCCAUGGCAUGACUACGUCAUCCAUGAGCUAAUAGGGACUUUACGAACCAGAACGCGACGCAGUUUGAAAACACCGAAACUGAGAAGGGCCCGGGGCGAGAACGCUGUCACGAGCGCGGGAAAAACAAAGUUACGGAUGCGAACGCGACGACAGAGGCAGAGCUGUGCAAAUCCUUUAAACUCCGCUAAACACAUUUUCGUUUUAUAGCUGGUGUUAUACAUCAUAAAUGGCAACAUUCAGAGAGGCAAGGGAAGCUUUAUUGUUUACCUAUCAAGAUGGAAGAAUUGAUGAUACAGAGUUUGCCCUGUUGUACGAUUUAAAUUCUUCUGAAAAUCUCGAAUUUUCUUAUUGGAAGUAUGGUCGCUUCGAUCUUGCUUCUAUGACAGAUGAUGAGUGUAAAGCUGAGUUUCGGUUUUUCAAGAAUGAUACUUAUUUACUCGGAGAGGUUCUUGAUAUUCCAGACAUAAUGAAAUGCCCUAAUCGCGUUCUUAUUACUCAUUUUCAAAAGGUUAUACAGCCAUGGAUUUGCACUGUGGUCAUUAUAACACAACGGGGAAGGAGAAAAGUCAUAGAAAAAUAUAUCGAGUCUAAUGCAAUAUAUAACAUAACAUUGUAAUGCCUGCAACCUACUGACCACCUGCCCCUACCCCUUAUCCUGCUUUUUGGUUAUUACUGACCACAGCCUUGGGACUGAAAUUGACAACUCACAAUUUUUUCAAUACAACUUGAUUGUGUCUUAAUCAUUAAACUGAUUUUAGUGAAGAGUACUGUUAACCAUACAACAGAGAUUUUAAAAUUAGAAAUGUGAGCUUAAUAUUUGGCCUCAACAUACUCCCUCCCCAAGAUUCCCCAGCCCUUUUUAUCCUAGGGAGUUUUUUAAAACCUGUUUUUGAACACAUAAAGUAUCACUAGUUUCUUUUAUAGCAGACUGUACGUACAGAAUUUUAUUGCAGUUUACGCAACAGAAUCUAAAUUUUCAAAAAAAUUAUUCAGCUAUUCUAGACAAAAAAUAUUUUCUAAUAUGCCACCAUCCAAUGAGAUAACUGCAAUAAUAGAACAUAACAAAAUGUGGGCUCCUCGGCACAAGAAAAAUGCGGUGCCACUGUUGAAAUACAAAGAUUGAUCGCUGACAGAAAACGUUCGUCGUGACUCUUGUCAAAACAAAGACAAUAGUUAAUACAUUAUACAAACUGGUUUUCAAAAUCAAGCGACAGCUAUACCAGCAAUACUGGUGAAUUUUAAGUGAAUUAGGUAGCUAUUUGUUCACAAGUUUGUCCAACAAACUGAUCGUCUGAUCAGUGCUUUAGAUUGGUCUUGUUGCUGUCUCAACAUCAGUUGUUGUGACGCCAAGUGUUGCUGUUGCUGCUGUUGUUGUUGUUCUUGCAUUAGCCGCAUCAUUUCACUUUGAUUCGGUUAAUUAAAAUACCCACAUGAUCUCUUACGGACCUUUUAUCCACAGCAAAGACAGACUUGGGACAGGUAUUCAAAGUGUUGGCUAUUCUAUCCCGAAUGUCGCUUCUUUGCGACGAACCCUUUCUUGUUUUGAACGGCUUCUCGGAAAACCCUCUCUGCAUAACAGGACAUCGUGCUCGCUUGUCCAGUACAUCACAUUACUGCGUGAAAAAAAGAACAGUCUGUUUUAGUUUGUUUUCAAUGAAGAACAUAAAUAUAAAGUUUAAACUCACUUUAAUCUUACAUUUAAGCAGGACAGGAAAUUGAAUCUUCUAAUAAACUAAAUUGGACUUACUUGCAAGUUUUCGACUUUGGUAUCGAACUCGUCGGGUCUGCGUGUUGUCCAUUCAUCAUAGUGAUAACCAAUUGACCUUCAGUAAAAGGCAAAUUAAAAUGAAGAAGAAGACGCGUUGCAGUUAAGCGCCAAGCAUGCGUAGUGAAGCAAUUUGUGAGCAAAUUACUUCCGGUGACGUUUCAGGCUGCGUCGCGUUCUGGUUCGUAAAGUCCCCAAUAACAUAGAGGCAGUGACUUUUGUGUAUUACCAAGGUAAAUCUCACUUGCACUUAUAAUUUUAGACUCAUUUUAUCCAAAAGUAAGACGAUUUUUGCACGGUACUUUUUCACAGUUUCAAUAUGGCGGUCAUCGAAAAAUCUUGCAAAUUGGCAAACUUCGGGAAGGUCGUAUCAAAAAACUGAAAAAGAUCCCAAAGAAAUGAAAAGGAAACAUAAAAUAAAACAUCUAUCCUUAAACUGUAGAGAAAGCAUAUUCUGAGGAUUUAUUUUGGCGUACCGACCGGGUUUUUAGGCAGGUCUUUUAUGUCACUCUAGAACCAUUCAGAAAAGGCAACGAAGUGUUUUCAGCGAAACACUCUCCACGGGUCGUAUAAAGUAAAUCAUCUGUCAAUAUACACAAUAUUUAAUUCACCAAGGGGCAAGCUAUUUCUUCACAGUAAGAAAUCAUUUAUAGAGUUUAUCCCGCUAACUUGAGAGAGUCACGAAUAUAGUGAAAUUUCGGUUCAUCAGAGGUCAUUUUGGUUCAAAACGGACCCAACCGAUUUUAUUUAAUUUCCCUUAUAAGAGCAAAAAUUAGACUGAACUAACCCUCUUUUGUUAACUACUAUACAAUACUCUAUCAGUGUAAAAAGUAUCAGCGAAAACGAAUCUUGAGCUGUGUCCGCCAUUUGGGGAUUAUCUCCGAUUCUUACUGACAUUGACUCUUAAAAAGGACAAAUUAAUCGCUGGAAACACAUGAAAAGUCGCUCUUGUUAAAAGGGACAGAUUUGUAACGAAAUGAACAUAAAAGCACAGAAAUUAUGACCUUUUAGUCUCUCAAACUGUGAGGCUCAUAGCGAGAUGCCCGACUAAAACAGACGUAGAAUUUUCCUUUCUUGAGUCCAGAAUCGGUUGUUUAAGAAAAAAUCUCUUCAACUAAACACUCACGAAGCGUUUUCAUGCUUGUACACAAUAUUCUUAUAACACGAGUACCACGACAUACCUGUGUGAAUUCUGUCUGUCAACAAAUUCAGGAAAUCACACAAUUAACCACGUUCGCGGCACUGAUAAAACUAUCCACAACCAACCAGGCACAAUAACAUUAAUACGGGCAAAAUAUCAUCAAAUUACUCUCACUCAAUAACUCUCGCUCUUUCCACAUAAAUCAUCACAUGUACACUUUCCUGACAAGAUCCCACAUGUAGACGAGCCGUUUUGAAAAAGGACACAUAGAUGCCGGCCUUCAAAACAAUCUCUACUAAGUCUCUAGACUGAUCAGAAAUCAACAUCAAUUUUGCUCUCGCCGAAUAGAUUUGACCCCUAAAAACUACUUUUCGAGGCCAGAGUUUCGUCACCGCCCACAACGAAGCUCCCAAUGAUGCCUUUCCGUCUCAAGCCCGAAAUCAAUGAUUCACCCAUUUAGCCAAAAUGAGACGAAAUACGGUAACAUGUUGGACGACGGCAGACUUUGCCAUUCGGGAGGCUUGUUCCUUCAUAAGGCCUCAAGACGCAUUCCGGAAAACUUUGGUGCAGUCGACCGGAAAGAAAUCUAGAAAAUUAACCGACCAUAGAAAACAACUUCUACCGUAUGCACUGAUUUCAAGUGUAACUGUUUUAUGUCACGGAGAGUGAUGGGAAAUGAUAUGUAGGGGAGGGGUGGUGAAAGAUGUAAACAGCAUUAAAAACAUGUUUUUUGUUUUUAGUCUACUACAACUUGUUAGGGGUUUUUUGUACUGAAAACAUAAGAAAAAAAAUGGUCAAGUACUGAACAAGCCUCAAAUGAGACAGUUGCUAAAAAAUCCUGGAGGUACCUUUUUGCAAAUCCAGAGAGAUUUCCAUUUCGUUCCAUGAAACUAUAACUACAAGCUUUAGGACACAGCUGAGACAUUAAUUUGUAACACUUUUCAAUGUAAUCUUUAUAAAUUUGUAAUUAUAGGUGUAUCUUUGCACAUAAUUCUUCCUUAUUAAAUUCACGAUAACGUCUCGCACUAUUGUUUAUUUUAGGAGGUAGCUAAUAGCAUUUAAAGAAACAAAAGCGGGAAAUGUUUUCAGGUUUAAAAUCAAUCAGAAAUGAGAACAAAGGCCAUACACAGAGAGAGACGGUAACAGUAGGUUCAAACCAACAAAUUUCGUUAAGCUACCUCAUGAAAUAACUGUAAAAUCCAAAACUGCGAUAUUCGUUGUUCGCGGCUAAAAGAUGCAUCUGGAAUUGACCAGUAUUUCACCUUUUUCGUCCUUUUCUUUUCAACAUACGACAUUUUUUUCGUCUUAUUAGACUCGUCAUUUUGCUGGUACGCUUACUUUCCUCUUUAGUUCAACGUUCCCCUAUAAGUAAUGAAAGCUAUGAUCUCCAACAGACACGCAACAAACGUUUCUCAAACGUGCUUUGAGAAUCCUGAGAACUUAGCCAAAGUUAGUGGUCAAUUGUGAGUUAACGUACCGUAAAAUUCCGAAAAUAAGCCCCGGGCCUUAUAUUUUUCAAAGGCCCUUUUUGAGGGGCUUAUUUUUGGAGGGGCGAUUGAACGGAAAGUUUUUUGCGUUACCGGUUUGGGGGCUUAUAUUUGGAGGGGCCUAUUUUCGGAAUUUUACGGUAUUCCGUGUUUUCUGUAGUUCCUUAUAUUUUGGUAUAUUUCUGAGGUACACCAAGAGCAUUAAUGAGCAGUGUAUAGGAAUUGUGCUAAGCUCAAAAUCAACAGACAAAUAUGAAUUCCCUGACUAAAAAAGUAUUCCAAACUAUCUCCAUCUUCUCUAUUUGCUUACUUUUGGAAGUACAUAAGUAGGUUGAUUAUGAUCGUCCGGGUGAACGAAUACGACUGUUGUUGACAGUGACUGACGUUUCGACAAGCUGUGCGAUAUUUCAGAGUCUGAAGAUGACUUCACUUUGACCACCCCCCUCCCCCCUCCCCGGCUAUAAUUUCAAGAGAAUGAGACUUUUGCUGUUAUGGAAAAUUAAAAAAUGAGAAGAAAACCAUUUGAAAGAGCAUCACAUUCUAUUUGGAGGGUUCGGUAUAAAUACUAUGAGGAAGAUCAUAUGAGGCCCCUGUGUAGACAAGCGUGCAAUGUGGGAUUCAGCACCUUGGUUGGUUCAAGUUGUAUGUUGUAAUGGCUUGACUAUGAUGGGGUUUAAUACAAACUCGGUAGAGGCGGAAGGACAGUGUAAACGGUUAUAAAAGUAGAAUAAAAUCAGCGUUGAUGUCUGCAAAUCACUGUGACAAAGUUGUCUGAAACUGGGACACUAACACUAACAGCAUGGCGAACUGCCUAAAACAUGCAGUAUUGAAUUAUGAAUUCAUCAUAUGCCACCCAGGCUACAAUGAUGCACUGCCUUUUCCUUACAUUAAAGCUACUCAGUACAGUCAACUCCCUUUACAACGGACACUUUAGGGACCUUGAGUUAGUGUCGUCAUUAGCGAGAGUUUGUAAUAGCGGAAGUUUAUUUCAGUCAAACAUCUGUAAUUAAUUUUUUGCCCGGGAUUUAGCUGCUGUCCAUUAUAGCAGAGUGUCCGCAAGGCGAGAGUUGACUGUAUCAGGCUGCUAAAGCGAUACGUCUAUUAGGCUACCGUCGCCCCUAAUUUUCAUGUGGCCGCUUUUCCAUUGGCAACGUAAUCGGCUCAACGCAGAAAAAGAGGUUUCUAGUAGUGCAGUUGGGGGUUUGGCCACUAAUUCUUUUCAGACUUAUACAAAUUGCUGCAUAUUUCAAGUACGUGAGCAGCGACCAUGACGAAAGAGCGAGAGUCCUCUGCACUUGCUCUGAUGAACAGUGUAUUACACAAAAUUGGCCUAGAUCCAACACUCGACACCCUUGCAUGGAAGCAUUCAUGAUGUCUUCUUCUAACUAAUAUUCUAACUGAGUAAACGGCAAAUCACAAGACUACAAUGUGUGGUCUAAUGUAUUCAACGAUUAUCAGCAUAUACAUUUUGAAGUCUUCACGUAAUAUAUCAAACAUGAGACGCAGUGUUUCAUCACCAGAUGAAACACCGAGAAGAGAGUUGAAAAUACGACGCGCAGCGGAGUAUUUUUGACGAACUUCGAGGUGUUUCAUCUGGUGAUGAAACACUGUGUCGAAUGUUUGAUAUUUCUUCUCAAACAAAAUCAUUUUUGAAGGAGAAAUUAAGGAUGCAAAUACUAAGCAGUGUUUCAUCCGAUUUCCAAACACUCAUUAAACAUUAAUUUCCUUUGUAUUUUCUUAAUGAAUUAUUAAUGAGUUUGAGAAUGUAAGCUAAAAAAUGGUACAACAAGUUGCAAAAGUACUUGACACACUGUACCGUAUUUUGGCAUAAAUGACCUGUCCAUGAUCUUGUGCUUGUGAUCCCCCCCGCACCCCUUACCAAAGUUGCUAGCAAUACAAAACCAUGCUCAAAACUUGGAGGAACAACUUUGAAUGGGAGGGAGGAGGGAGGUCAGUGUUAUAUCUCACAGACCUGUGACCAGGAGCGAUUUGAAGGAAGAAAGGUCAUUUUUUCGCGGGAGUGUCUCAACAGUUUUGCAACUGGUUGUCUGAGUCCUUCAUACCUCUAUAGCCGUGGUGCACGAUUAUUAUUUUAUUUAUUUAUUUAGUUAUUCACAAAACCUUAUACAACAUGAGCAAAAGGUGUUAAUUAAAUCAUAAAAUUAAUGUGACAAGGAAGCCUAACGAAGCUUGAAGCUUAUAUUAACAGGCUUCCUUCAACUACGUAGUGAACUUAAUUCAUGGCUGAGUGCAGAGUGAGCAAAAUCAGAAAAUAAAGCGACAGAUCGGCUAUCAGUGAGAUAAUUCUUUAAAUUUUUUUAAAAACAAAUAUAGAAGGAGAGCUAAUUAGUGAAACAGGCAACGAAUUCCAGAUUUUAGGUCCUCGGUAAAGGAUACUGAAUUGCGUCAUAUUUGUUCUACAAAAAUGAGGUCUAUACUGAGAGGCUAGUCAAGUUUCGUAUUGAUGGACUUCAUUACUACUUAAGAACAAGUCAUGAAAGCUACUACUAACUAGGCAAAAGAUUUGGUGAUAAGAAUACAUAAAGGUACCGACAGAAAAUGAAUUAAUACUAAAUAUGUCAAGGACUUUAAGCUGGCUUAAUAAAGUGGCGGUAUGUCAUCAAAGUUUGGGAUGAUAGGUUAAAGCGGGCUUUCGCAAUAAUUCUCACACUUUUCGAAAUUUUUUUGAGACGAAAUCAAUAUGUGGUUUCCAAGAGAGAUGCUGAUCAACAAGAACACCUAAACAUUUUGUCUCCAUGACUUGCUUGAUCACAGUAUUUUCCAGAGUAAGAGGGACAUUAACAUUGACUUGCUUUUGCCUUGGAUGAAAAAUCAUAAAAUUUGUUUUAGUCAAAUUUAGAGAUAACUUAUUCACUUUAGGCCAAAUAAUUAUUUUUGCAAGUUCAUUGUUAACAACAGAAACGAGGUGGUUGGCAUCUUUAUGGGAACAAAAUAUACUUGUGUCACCAGCAAACGGUAAAUAUUGAGUGAGACUAGAGACAUUAGGAAGAUCAUUAAUGUAAAUAAUUAACAAAAGAGGUCCAAGAAUUGAGCCCUGCGGGACGCCAAAUAAAAUUUUCCGCGGAUAAGAUCGAUGGGACCCAAACUGGACAAAUUGAGUCCGAUCGUCAAGAUAGCUUUUGAUCCACGCCAAAGCAGUAUCCAGAAUACCAUAGUGUUGCAGUUUUUGACACAAUAUUUCAUGAUUAAUAGUAUCAAACGCCUUAGAAAGAUCUAAGAAGAUGCCUAAAGUUGUUUCAUUUCUGUCGAUAGCUGAAGAUAUGUUGUUGAUCAAGUCAAUUAACGCUAAUGAUUACGGAAUCCAAAUUGUUUCGAGUAUAAAAUAUUAUGCCAGGUUUAUCAGCAUAUACAUUUUGAAGUCUUCACUGUAAGCGAAAAAAUGCUACAACAAGUUGCAAAAGUACUUGACACACUUACCGUAUUUUGGCAUAAAUGGCCUGUCGAUGAUCUUGCGCUUGUGAUCCCCCUCCACCCCUUAUCAAAGUUGUUAGCAGUACAAAAACCAUGCUCAAAACUUGGAGGAACAACUUUGAAUGGGAGAGAGGAGGGAGGUCAGUAUUAUAUCUCACAGACCUGUGACCAGGAGCGAUUGGAAGCAAGAAAGGUCAUUUUUUCGUGGGAGUGUUUCGACAGUUUUGCAACUGGUUGUAGCUUCAUUUGGCACUGUUAUUGGAAAUUUAUGCUCAGAAUUACAAAACGGAAUUUCUGAGGGCCUAACGUAUUAAGGUUUUCCGGACGAGAAUGCCCUAUACCCAAUACCCUCCGAAGCUCGUUUAUCAAUCUGGACAAAAAUACCACAUUAGGAACCUCUCUACGCAAAAAUGCUUGCUACGCACCUAAAGCAAGCUAGUCGAUGACUGCUGCAAACUGAGCAACAAAGAAACAAACAAAACAGGUCGAAUUCCACUGAUCAGAAACGAUGACCUUUUGAACUUGUUCAAGUGAAUAUCUGUUUCCUAGGAAGUCCGCUAACAUGAUUGACUGGAUAGAAAAGUGCUAAAGAAAUUCUUUAUGUUUAGAAACCGUGGUCAUCUAAUUACACGAUAUUACAUCUAAACUAUCAGAACUAUUAGAUCAAAUACGAACUGGGGACUGCUCAGAUCCCUUAAUAAUGCAUUGAAAGAUUGGAACUCCCUCAAGUAGAGAUGAGGCGGUUACCUUGCAACCCCUUGAAAAUAUUUCUCAAAAAAUUUAAAUCUCAAAAAAAGGUUCUAGGUUUUUUUAUUCCAGGUUUCGUAGUACACACCCGAACGCUCCGUUACUAACAACAAACUCUUGUAUGCAAUAAUAAUGUAGACUUAACAAACCCUCUCAGUCUUCAGUGUAUUGUUCAGUUUCAUUUUACAAAAGGCACUUUCAACGUCAAGGUAAAAAAUAUUUAGUUCAUUCCUUCUAAGACACAAUGAUAGCGAGUUCAAAAUCUUACAAUGUUGUCAAAUUUUCACACAUGGGUCCGGGACCAAGCUUUAUUGUAGCACAACCUUUUCCAAUCAUCGUCAUUUCAAUCACAUUUGUGAAGAAUCUUACUCGUUAUUGUGUAUAUCUCAUAUUUUUAGAACAGCCAUGGUUAUCUUGAAGUCUAAUUUUGUUAUUCUACUGUGUUGUUUGAACAACCCACUUGCAGAUGACAUCACAGCUAUUGCAUGGCAUCCAAGCUCACGUUACCUGGCUACUGCAGGAGGUGGAGACCGUCAAAUCCGAGUAUGGCACAAUGCAGCUGGGAUCAGGGUGCAGAUUGAAGAUCUACAAGGACGAAUAUUCCGAUCAAGGAAUGAAAAUGUCAAGGUAAGAACACUAAGUCAUGAAAGUAGAGGGAUUGUUGUUUAGGAUUGUGCCAUGGCUGUAUUUCAUUACAAUUCACAAUCUGCCAUUGCCAUCUGUUGGCUCAAUAACACAAAUUGAGAAACAAGCCACUGCAUAUUCCAGAAAAUGAACAUUUACUUACCUGGCAUGGUGAGCAAAAGGUAAUGGGUUCCUCUAGAUACCAACCCCGCUUUGCAUGAAGGACGUUCAAAGGAAGUACAAAUUUAAUAACAUUGCCAAAUUAAAUCCACACGACAAUAAUAUAAAGCAUAGCUUAAGUUACACUCUACAGAAGUACUUAUUUAUGAAACUCACUGAUACAAUAGAUAAGAAACAUCAGUUUCAAAGAAAAAAGAAAUUGAUCAUAUAGAUCAUCAGUUUUCCAGUUUGUAGUCUUGUUGAAUAGUGGAUGAUGUGAAUUUAUACGGUUGUAUUUGAUAUUUGUAGAACUUGGGUGCAUGCUUAACAAAUAGAUCUGAAAUUGCCAUGUAGCGAUUCGAUAAUAGGCAAUGUUGUUCUAUGCUGCUCUAAGCGUUUUUGUGUAGCAACAAGCUAAGUUUACAUUCUCACUUAAUCCGUACUGUUAGAUGGUCUGCUCAGUGGCUCCGAAGCACUCAACGUUUAUAUUCCUUUGCAAUGCAAAAUAUUUUCCCAUUAUACAAAGUGUCUUCACACAUUUUCAUUUACAUGAAAUGUUAGCCUGUCAGGCUCAUAAACAUUACCUUCUGAUGUGUCUUUACUCUACCACACUUUAAUGUAUCUUGCUGUCAAACGUGCCACUCUUCACAGGCCAGCGCUCAGAAGUAUUGUCUACUUUCAAACGUGGAAAACGUUUUACACCGUAAUGUAAUCUAGUGGAAUUACUGUCUGUUAAUGUAUAUUGUAAUAUCACACGUUUAGAAUUCUUUUUCUUUUUUCCUGCGCUACCCAGUUCAUUUGACUUCACCCUUGUUUCUUAUUCACUGAGUUUAUAUUUUUGUCCUUCUAGCUGCUUACAUAUAAUUUUCUUUGUUUUUUUUCCUACUACAGGAGAGAUUGGAACAGCAGGUCCUUGAAGCCAGGUAGAAACCUUGUCAUUUUUCGUGUUCAACUGCUUAAAUUAUAUACCUAUACUCUAUCUAUUUGAGACCUAAGAUAUGUUUCGACUGGCCUUUAAACAAACAUUACGAAAUACUUUUACUUACUUGGAGAUAAAUUUAGCUGGCAACAGCCACCAUCCUUCACUUUGUUAUUUUUUUUUUAAGGCUUUGCAGUCCAGACCUACUGUGCAUUUCCUCACAUGUUUUAAUUAUUUACAUUUUUUUUCUUGACUUCUCACUAAAUUUGGAUAUUUCUUUCUUAUUCUGCAAUAACGACAGCUAUUUUCUUUUCAGGGCGUCACUGGACAAGCUCAACGUCAAUAGCUAAGAAAAUCAAAAACGAAAAUUAAUGGUCAUAAAAAGUUAAUGGACAAAGUUAUAGAAGCAUUUAAGAGUAAUUUUUACUUCUUCAAAACAAAAAUUCUGCAAAAUAGUUUUGUUAAAGAAGAAACUAUUUAAAAACAGCGGAAAGCCAGGCGUAAAUUAGCCACAAAUAACCGAGAAGACUUAUCCCAAAGAGACCUAUCCCAAAUGAUCUAAUAGACGCUCACUCUCAAAUAAACGCUUGUUCUGUAAUAAACGCCUCUCCUAAGAUGUUAAAUUUUUAUUAUACGCUUGUCAAGUUUAAAAUUCGGAUGAGCUUACAAAGACAACAUAGCGUAAAAUUCCGAAAAUAAGCCCCUCCAUGUAUAAGCCUCUCCAAAUAUAAGCCCCCCAAACCGGUAACGCAAAAACCCUCCGUUAAAUCGCCUCUCCAAAUAUAAGCCCCCCGGCGACUUGUACUUGGAAAAUUGCCCUCAAAUACAAAGUAAAACAAAGCAAAAACGGUGUAUUUACUUCCAAAUAUAAGGCUAGCCCAUUCGAUUUUGAAACGCAAAUUUCUCUCUGUAGAUAAGCCCCACCAAAAAUUAGCCCCUCAAAAGGGCCUUUGAAAAAUAUACGCCCCGGGGCUUAUUUUCGGAAUUUUACGGUAGUGACCCAGAACAUUCUGACAUCGAAGUUGAAAUUUGAAGGAGGGAUAUGGAUCUCUAUGUGGUGGCCUAGACUUAUUAAUGAAUGGACUACAAUUGUUGAUAUUCUGCUAUUAUUUAUAAACUCUUUCCCCUUGGGUUUAUCAGAUCAUUUACGGAAAGCAUUGAGAAUUUUAAGCAACCUAUACAUCUCUAUUUUCUUUUUACUUGAGGCCUUUCUGAUUUUUGUUAAUAUUAUUUAAAUUUAAAAAGUUAACAUACUUUACCAUCUAUAAUAAAAAGG